GCUUAAUGCAGGGGAGCUACAGUCUGCACAGAGAUGGGGAUGCAAUGCCAAGAUAGGCAGAGGAGGAGGAGAAAGCUGUCUCCAUGUGGCAAUUACAACCAAUUUUACUGUAAGUGCUAUAGAUCUGCUGGUGUUGAAAUUAUUAUUAUUAUGAUAUGAUUAUUGAUAAUGCAAAUGUAUGUAUAUAAUUUUAAAAACAAAAAACUUUUGAUACAAUGUAUCUGUGUGUGAGUAAGCCAGGGUGUGAAUAUUUUACAGUGUGUGAAUAACAGGUUGGACCACCUCCAGCUGUCAUGCAUACUGGCUGAUAUGGUAAUUAUUAAUAUUAUGUGACUGUACAUUGUAUUCAUUAAUAUGUAUUCAGGAGUUUGAUUUCAGGAGAUAUUGCAGCUGGUUUUCAUUAUAUUUAUAAUGUACUAUGUUUAAUAAUAAUAAAAAGAGAUAGCCAACCUUUUUUAUAACCAUAUUAAUUUACUAAAAUAUCAGAUAGAAUAUAUAUAUAUAUAUAUAUAUAUAUAAAAAUAUAUAUAUUAUAAUUAUUUUCAUAUAUAUAUAAUUUUAUUAUUUUAUUGUAAUUUAUACUUUUUUUUUCUCAUUCCAUCAGUUUAUUUAUAUACAGACACCCAGUUUAGAGUUAGACUCCCUGCUGUCAAUCACACACACACUCUCUCUCUCUCUCUCUCUCUCCACACUACCUAUAGCUGUGCAGGUUGAUGUACCUAGAGGUGUAUCUAAGUCCAAGUCCUGUGGUGCGCAUGCGCGGUCGAGCUCCCAGCUGCUUGCCAGGAGAGACACAGGAGAGAGACACAGCUAGAGGGAGCUUAGAGCUGCAGCAGACAGACAGGGGGGCAGACAGAGAGAAGACACUGGAGAAUGAUAGAAUGCCGGGGAAUGACAUGAGAGUAGCAGAGUGAGAUGGGAGAAUAUCUGGCAACCAACAGGACAAUAGGAAAAUUGGAGACAAGACUAUACCAGUGAUCCAACAUGUGAAUAGGAAAGUGAGACAGGAGACAACUGAGAAUAGGAAAGUGAGACAGGAAAAAAUUGGAAAUAGGAAAAUUAGACAGGUCUAUCACCUGAUACUGAGUGAGUGAGGUCUAUCACCUGAUACUGAGUGAGUGAGGUCUAUCACCUGAUACUGAGUGAGUGAGGUCUAUCUCCUGAUACUGAGUGAGUGAGGUCUAUCACCUGAUACUGAGUGAGUGAGGUCUAUCAACUGAUACUGAGUGAGGUCUAUCAGGAUGGAAUACAAUAGUAUAUUAGAAUAGAAUGAUAGAUUACUGAGAGUCCAGCAGUAUAGGAGGAUAGAGGUGGGAGUUGGAGAAGUUCAGACAGAAGAAACCUGGCUGUGGACAUGGUGAAUGGAAAGCACAUAUUGAGAAGAACAGGAGUGAAAGCAGGCUGACCUUGAUAGCGGACCGUGGAGAGAACUGCCUUCCCCUCUAACCCAUAUUAACAGGUAUAAACUGCUGGGAGAGUUUGGGGUCUGAUCCAGUGCUGAUCCUGGGCUGGGGAUGGGGGUCUUUAGAGGGUGCAUAUAUUACAGUGGGGUCAUUUUUACACCUCUGGUUAAGUAGCAGUGGGUGAUCCAUAAUGCAGAUAAUGCAGAGUUCUGAUCAGGACAGCUGUUAGAACACCAGUAGUUAUAUGGUGAUCAGAACUGGCUACAUGUCACUCUGAGGGAGGUCAGACAGUCUGCAGGGUUUAAUGUGGGGACAGUAUUUUUCCGCAUACAUGAUGCAUGAUGUGCAUACUGCCCCCUAGAAUGUGUGGUCAGUGGAGGAAUGGGAGGGGGAUCUCUGAUUUGGGGGACAAUGCAUACUGCCCCCUAGAAUGUGCGGUCAGUGAAGGAAUGGGAGGGGGGAUCUCUGAUUUGGGGGUCAAUGCAUACUGCCCACCUAGAAUGUGUGGUCAGUGAAGGAAUGGGAGGGGGGAUCUCUGAUUUGGGGGUCAAUGCAUACUGCCCCCUAGAAUGUGUGGUCAGUGAGGGAAUGGGAGGUGGGUCUCUGAUUUGGGGGUCAAUGAAUACUGCCCCCUAGAAUGUGUGGUCAGUGAGGGAAUGGAAGGGGGUCUCUGACUUGUUGGUCAAUGAAUACUUUCCCCCUAGAAUGUGUGGUCAGUGAAGGAAUGGGAGGGGGGGAUCUCUGAUUGGGGGUUAAUGCAUACUGCCCCCCUAGAAUGUGUGGUCAGUGAAGGAAUGGGAAGGGGGAUCUCUGAUUGGGGGGUCAAUGCAUACUGCCACCUAGAACGUGUGGUCAGUGAAGGAAUGGGAGGGGGAUCUCUGAUUGGGGGGUCAAUGCAUACUGCCCCCCUAGAAUGUGUGGUCAGUGAAGGAAUGGGAAGGGGGAUCUCUGAUUGGAGGGUCAAUGCAUACUGCCACCUAGAAUGUGUGGUCAGUGAAGGAAUGGGAAGGGGGAUCUCUGAUUUGGGGGUCAAUGCAUACUGCCCCCAUAGAAUGUGUGGUCAGUGAGGGAAUAGGAGGGGGAUCUCUGAUUUGGGGGUCAAUGCAUACUGCCCACCUAGAAUGUGUGGUCAGUGAAGGAAUGGGAGGGGGAUCUCUGAUUGGGGGGUCAAUGCAUACUGCCCCCCUAGAAUGUGUGGUCAGUGAAGGAAUGGGAGGGGGGAUCUCUGAUUGGGGGGUCAAUGCAUACUGCCACCUAGAAUGUGUGGUCAGUGAAGGAAUGGGAAGGGGGAUCUCUGAUUUGGGGGUCAAUGCAUACUGCCCCCAUAGAAUGUGUGGUCAUCUCUGAUUUGGGGGUCAAUGCAUACUGCCCCCAUAGAAUGUGUGGUCAGUGAGGGAAUAGGAGGGGGAUCUCUGAUUUGGGGGUCAAUGCAUACUGCCCACCUAGAAUGUGUGGUCAGUGAAGGAAUGGGAGGGGGAUCUCUGAUUGGGGGGUCAAUGCAUACUGCCCCCCUAGAAUGUGUGGUCAGUGAAGGAAUGGGAGGGGGGAUCUCUGAUUGGGGGGUCAAUGCAUACUGCCACCUAGAAUGUGUGGUCAGUGAAGGAAUGGGAAGGGGGAUCUCUGAUUUGGGGGUCAAUGCAUACUGCCCCCAUAGAAUGUGUGGUCAGUGAGGGAAUGGGAGGGGGAUCUCUGAUUUGGGGGUCAAUGCAUACUGCCCCCCUAGAAUGUGUGAUCAGUGAGGGAAUGGGAGGGGGAUCUCUGAUUUGGGGGUCAAUGAAUACUGCCCCCUAGAAUGUGUGAUCAGUGAGGGAAUGGGAGGGGGAUCUCUGAUUUGGGGGUCAAUGCAUACUGCCCCCUAGAAUGUGUGGUCAGUGAGGGAAUGGGAGGGGGAUCUCUGAUUUGGGGGUCAAUGAAUACUGCCACCUAGAAUAUGUGGUCAGUGAGGGAAUGGGAGGGGGAUCUCUGUGUCUGGGGGUCAAUGAAUACUGCCCCCUAGAAUGUGUGGUCAGUGAGGGAAUGGGAGGGGGAUCUCUGAUUUGGGGGUCAAUGCAUACUGCCACCUAGAAUAUGUGGUCAGUGAGGGAAUGGGAGGGGGAUCUCUGUGUCUGGGGUUGAAGAGUUGGGAUUUUGGCAUGAUGAUGGGCUGUUUUGGGCUCAGUAAGAAGUGCUGACUGAUUUGGGAAAUUACUGGAUAACUGCCCUUCUUUAAUCGAGCAUGUCAAUGCUUUAUAUAGUGAUUUGUGCAUAUUAGGAAGUUUGUGAAGUUUGGUAUGUGACAAGCCUGGGGGGGGAAACAAUGAUGAAUUUAUUUAUUUUGGAGGCAGUUUAUACACUUAUGGAGUGAAAGGAUCAGUUUUGGACUGGAACAUUCAGAUGUGCAAUGAGUGAUAUGGGCACAUAAAGCAGAUAGUGAUGUACAUAGAAAUUAAAGGACUCAUAUAGCUUGUAAGGGGGGGUGUGUAUUUUGCAAGCUGUAUAUUUACAUGGCAAACACUUGUUAUAUGUAUUAACGUUUCUGUAUAUUUAAUGGAAUAGAAAGAUUACUUACGUGUGUGUGUGUGUGAUUUGAGGUCAUUUUAUGAUGAAAAAUGCACAGAGAUUGGUAUAAAAUUGUCAUAUUUCCCCUUUAUUCUUCAAACUUGGAUAAAUUCCAACACAGCUUUGCAAUAUCGAAUAUUGAUAACUAUUCUCCUUUAAGGGGAACCUGAUCAUGUUAAAUUGGACUGAUCUUAGGUGCAUGAAUUGAUAUAGUUGCUCAGAUGCCAUUUGUAUAUAUAUAAUGCCUUUGAGCAGGAAAUGUACCUGGAAAAUAUUUUUUUAAAACAUUGUAGGAGUUAUAAACACAGAGAAAUUGUAGAACAAAAUUAAGGUGGAGCAAUCACCAGAAACAUUUCUUUGGUUUCCAUGGCAACUGUGCCACUUUAGAAUGUUGCCCCCGGUUUGCUGUUUCUAGAAAACCGACCAUAUUUUUUUUCUUAUUUUAUGGAACUUUUAAGGGAUUUUAUGGGUUGCAUUCAGAUUAUCCAGACAUGCCCAUUAAGGAGGCAAUUUUAUGGAAAUGAUUUAUCAAUGCUAUUUAUUAGAUAUCUGUUCUAUUAAUUCAGAUGGCCUAUGUAUAUUUUGGGGAAUUUUAUUGCCCACUGUGAGGACAUGGGCGUAACAUCAUAAACAAAAUACUGGCAUAUUGCCAAGAUUUCGGGGUGACUCCAGGUGGAUAGUGAUGGUUUGAAGCAUGUUAAAAGUAGAGAACAAUUCCGAAAUAGCCAUAUGGAACAUUCUAUGGCUUUCUGUGCCCAAUGCGCCACUUUUAGAAAUGUACCCACAACUGAUAAGCCCUAAUGUGUCUAAUAUUCUGGUUGGUGUUAGUUACCUGCUAGUUUAACACAGUCACUAGUAGUCAUUUCUAAGUUAUGUGCUAGUGUGCACUCAUGGCUUGUACAAGUGUCUCGCUGCUGUGUGGUUUGUCACUGGUAGGAUAUGGUGAACAUCCACCAAACAGUGAAUUGCAAACGAAUUAGUAAAAUUUUGGCACAAAUAGCGAGACAGUGAUAGAUGUGAUAGAUUACGCGGAACAUGUUCAAAAUCAACUGUUUGUGCCUAAACUUUAACAUUUGGUUUUCAAUAUAAUACAACUCUGUCUUUGGUGAAUACUGCCUAACACGGCUUUAAAUUUGUAUCCCUGUGCUACAAUCCAGGCAAUGACAUUUUCUAAUACAGUUUUUUUAUAGUAACAGAUACAUAGGAAUCUAUGUUGUACAAACACAUACAAUUAUACCAGUUGGUCUUAUAUUCACUGACGGAUCGAGUUAUUAAGCUUAUUUUAUUUCUACUGUCUGACACUAUUUUCUGUUUUUUUGAGUGAGUUUAAAUAUUGGAUGUUCAAGAAAGUCAUACCUUUUUGUAACCAUUUUGAGUCCAUUUCCAUUUUGCGUGCAUGGACACCAUAUGUGAAUGUUCUGAAGGCUAAACAGGCAAUCUAAGCAGCAUAGCACAGCAGGAUGUAGUGGUUAUGGUGCCUGGAGUUCCCUGGUGCGUCCCACUGGCGGUUCCCUAGCGCCGUCCUCCAGGGGACGUCUUUAACAUUAUUAUAUAUAGUAUUUAUAUAGAUCCAACAUUUUCUGUAGCGCUUUGCAGUCAUACUGUGGGGUUAUAUAACAGCUGGUAAUUAACAGACACAAAUCAUGUUGACAGAUACAAGAGGUAAAGAAAGCCCAGCUCAAACUAGCUUUCAAGCUGGGAGGAAGGGGUAAAGGGGAGGAGAGGUAGAUAGAUAGGAUGCUUGUGUCUCAUUAAACUUGUGUUAAUGAUGUGUGGAGAAAGCUGGAGAGGAAGGAGGGAGAGUGAAGUGGACUUUGCGAACUCAGGCAAUGUUUGGAGAGACUGGAGAGCUGUUUAAAUGAGAGAUGUAUCACCCAGGAGGAUGGUAAGUGUUCCCAACUAGAUGAGUUUUAAAUGAGUUCUUAGAGGGCAUACAAGGUAGAGAAUUCCAUAGCUUUGGUGCGGCCCUAAAGAAAUUCUGAUGAUGACAAUUAACAGUGUGAGAACGAGCAGAGGAUGAGGAGGUCACUUGCGGAGUAAAGAAAAGGUGCAUUUGUGAAUUAUAGAGGAAAUGUAUUGAAGAGAUGAGGGCUUUGUAUGCUAAUAUCAGUAGUUUGAAUUGGACUCUAAAAUCAUGGUAAGAACUAGCAAAGGGGCAAAGUGUGAGAGUAGCUUCGAGUCAGGAAGAUAAGCCUGUAUCGACAGUCAGUACCGCUUUAAGCUGAGCAAUACAGGGAUUUGGAAGGCCAAGGAGGAACUGGAAGCAUAACUGUUUUGGAGAAUUUUUCCGCUUUGAAUUUCUGCCAAUACUCUAUUUAAUGAAAAACCUGAAAGUGUACUGUUCUAAAAAGUAGUCUAAAAGUGGAGCCAUCACCAUUGAAACCAGUGGAAGUAGCAAAUAAAUCCCAUUGGCGACUAAUCCUCUUUUACAUUUUGCACUAGGAAAAAUCUCCCCUAAUGUUUUUUUAAGUCAGAAGGUUUGUAGGCAUUUUCUGCUAAGUGGUUUUACUCUGCAAAUAAUGGACAUAAAAGACUUACUAGGUUACACAGAUAAACCAGCUCAGGAUGGUCAAAGCAGUACCAAUCACACUAAUCACACUACCCUGGGUUAUUCACUGAACUGUGAUCUUUUGCUGGAAUACAAAGUGGAUUUCAAUUCUUUUCAGCAAAAAUAGUUAAACCCAAAAUGUACUUUUUAAAAUUCAGCGAUGAACUAAAAUUUGAAACUCACUUAGAAUUCCUGACAAAUCACAAUUUUGUGAAUAGCACUGAGUAUGUCAAAUGUGUUGCAUCGAUAGAGUGCAAUAUGUAGCUUCUUCUCGAUCUUUUUUUUUUUCAAAUAGUAACUUAUCUCAUUGACCUGUGUAUGUGAAGGAAUGAGGGCCCAACUGAACAUUUUGUACUGAAUAGCAUCAAUGUCUAUAUACACCUCUGAUAUAGAUACAUAAUGCCAAUCAACACUUUAGCAACAUCUUGGGUAUGAAAGCUUAAUAAUCAUUCAUCUUAUGACUAUACACAUAUUCUCCUGUAAGCUCAGGCAUUCUUGUGGUUUAUCUCUUGUUCUGACAGCUGUUCACAAGGAUCCCACGCGUGCCUAUGCUCAAUGAGCCGUGUGAGUUCUCCACUGUCUCUGAUGGUUAUUUCUAUCUUGCUUUAGGUUCCAGUCCUGAUUUAGACUUUGAUGAAGACAGGGGGAUUUUUUCAAACCCCCCUGUGAAAUGCUGAUCAAUAUGAGCAUGGGAGUCAAAGAUGACAGCUUACACUCUGCGUCUCCUAUACAGUUCAGUGGAUCUCCAAUGCCGGAACAUUACGCAACUGUGGAAAUCCCAGCCCCUCCACCACCGCCUCCCCCAAACUUGAACUUGUCAGGGCCUCCUGGAAGCCCAUUUCCAACCUUUGACACAAAACGGAGGUCACGCCUACGGAACUUUAAUUGGGAGGCUAUUCCAUUGGAAAAGGUAAAAGGUCGACCCAGUCUAUGGAGUUCAGAGACCUUUCAGGGUGACCUACAAAUUGACACUAGAAGGAUGGAAGAACUUUUCGGGAAGCAGGAAGAAGAAAUACAGCGAGGAUCACCUCGGACGCGUAGAUCCCUUUCUCUUGGAGAUACCCAGAUGACCAAGGUAAGCACUGGUCAAAACUCUUAUUGCCAAGUCAAAUCUAGACACAAAAUGUAUCUCUGUCUAUUACGCUUACUAACCUGAACUUGAUACAAUAACUGCUAAUGAAAUUUGCAUCCCACCACUUAUCCAAAAACCAUUUUGCAUGUGAGAUACACUCUUUGGCUGAACUCCAUUUACACAUUAACAUACAACUUAUCUAUCAUAUUUUUCUGGGUUUUCCUAGUCCUGCUUCUUACAAACACAUUAAUCUUUGUUCAGAAUUUUAGAUAAUUAGUAAACACAAUACAAAUAUCUGCCUUACAGAACUGUUUGUCCCAUGACUUUAUGAGUUUUAACCCAGUCUUAUCUAUGGAAUAACUUUUGGCUUGUGCGGAAAAAACGUUUUUCUGUGCGGAUAAAACAUUUGUCCAUUAGAAAAGAAACAGAGCAACAGAGUGAAAGUUGUCUCCAAUCAGGGGGGAAAAAAUACUAAAAGCUACCAUAAUAGGAUCAUGGAAUGCAGGGGGUUACUAAAUGUGUGAAAAUUCCUGAGAUUAUUUUUCACUUAUCCCUAGAUUUUAGAUAAGAAAGAAUGGUAAAGAUAUUUGUUAUGGGGGCUUUACGUAAUGAGAUAAAAAAAGAAGUGCACUUUAUAAUUAUAUUUGUCUAAUACCUUAUAUGGACUAGCUGCCUUGUGUGAAUUUUUAUCCCAUAACAAACACCUGUUCGUAUGCCCAUGCUUUAAGGACCUCCAAUAUAAACUUGCGUGUAUUUUUGUACACAUAUACGUAUACAUAAAGCAUUUUUUCACUUAACUGGGAAUUGUGGAGAAUUGACAUGAUAAUUUUCAAUAGUAGGCCAAAAUAAUCGAGCCGAUAAUAUGGAUGGUAGAGAAUUUUCCUGAUUCUGCUAUUUUUGCCGAUAAUUGAACAGUUCCUUUUUGAAUUCACUACAAUUUAGUGGAUAACGUGGACACGUGACUGUUUUUAAAGGGGGCAGGUUUGAUUUGGAUGUCUGUAUGCUGUCCUGUGUCAGUAUUUUCCUUUGAUUGAAGUGGUUGGAUUCAGCAGAACAAAAUAUGUCUUAAAAGGACAAUGAAAGCAACAUAACCAUUCAAGUUCAGAUUGAAGUGGUUAUGGUGCCUGGAGUCCAUGGACACUGGUUCCCGCAUCAUUAAAAAACAGUUAACUCACUGUAUUUUAGUAGAGAUUCUCAGUCCUCAUCAUCCUAAAACCCAGAUCCAUUGAUGAUAUGUCACUAUGCUUUCCCCUCACGCCAUAACAGUUUAUACCAGGGAUUGUGGCAGUGAUACACUGGCCGCUAGUCCUGGAAUUGUGUGAUGUGAAGUAUAGCUCUGCCACAUUGUCAUUGGAGGCAGGGUUGCCAGAGACUGAGAAUCUUUGCUACACAGAUAAUAAAAAAUUUAGUAGCCAUUCAGGAACCACAGACGUGAGGUACCAUAACCACGUCAAUCAAUUUAAGUGGUUAUGGUGCUUACAGUGGUCUGUUAAUUAGUGUUUAAAUGCUUGAAGACAGGGAAGUUAGACAUGUCUUCAGUCAUGUUAAAGGGAUGUUGUAGGCAUUUUGACUGUUGAAUUUCUAUUGAUUGAAGCAAGAGUCAAAUUUUUGCCUUACCCAAACCUCCAGUGUGGGCAGGGACCCUCAUUCAGUGUUAAACUGCUCAAAAAUGGUUUAACACUAAAUGGGGGGAGAGUGCCAUGGGACUCCAGGCAGCAUAACCAAUGCAAUGAGAUGAAAUGGUUAAACUGCCUUUUUAAGGAUUUACCCAUUCUUACAAAAAUUGAAAACAGUGAUCUGUCAUACGACUCCUGUGCAUAUUUCAUCCACUUGUCUGUGUGACAGAACUGUUAUAUAAUUAUGUGCAUAAAAUGACUCUGAUUUUGAGCUGGCUUGGUGCUUAAAUGAACACUCCAGGCACCAUAACAUCUCCAUGUAAACCUCAAGGCGUUAAACAGUACUCGAAUGGUAUAACCCCAAGGUUUCCUCCAGUGCCGAUCUCAAAUCCCCACAGGCACAUCCGGCAUAGAGUGCCGCCGGACUGGAUCGUCAGCUGACUGCCUUCAACCAAUAAGUGACUACACAUUUACAAAACUGACUUGUAAAUGAUAUGCAACCUGGGGUGGGUUGAGAUCACCGUUCGAGAACGGUUUAAACCCUUGAGGUAAAAGUGUACCUGGUGGCCUCGUGACACCAUAACAACUUCAUUCAGUUUCUCUAAAAUUGCAAUGUUUUACAUUGCAGGGCUGUGGGGGACAGGGACCAUGCAACCAGAUUCCUUCAACGAGCUGAAGUGGUCUGGUUGCUUAUAAUGUCCCUUUUAUAAAUCCCAUUGUGUUCUAUGUACUAAACAGUGCAUUGCGGUGACUUGGUGACCAACAACAUUUAGGAGAAAAUGGUAUUAUGAAAAUAAGUUCAGCACGACAGAUUUGCAGAAUUUCCCCGCCAAAAAAUCUUCUAUUUUGGUCUAAAUUUGUUAAGUCAGUAGUUAAUAUUUACCGACUUGCUUUUUAGGUUAUAAACCCUGUAGUUAAAUAGGAACAGACCCUGUAGUUAAAUAGGAACAGACAUUGGCUGCUACUGUUAACAACUGUCACAGUAAAUCCACUUCCAGUUCCACCUGCCCUGCUCCUUGAACAUAAGAAUCAUUGUUUAACUGCCUUCACCCUUUGUCUCCUAGAGAGGUGUGGAAUAGAUUUGUGUACUGAAUUUUGCUCUGAAUUGGAUUUCGGAUUAAUCAGACAAUUUCCGAAUUCCUUACAAACUAAAACGAAUUGAAAACAAGCGAAUUCUGAACGGAUUGAAACAAAAUUUUUGGAUCCUUUUGUUUUCAUGAGGAUAUCAAAUUAGGGACUUAUCUACUAAGCAACUGAAACAGCAAAAAAAGUUUUUCAAAAUAAAUAAAUAAAUUAUUCAUGGAAUAGUUUGAUUUACACGUACCACCCAUUCCUUCUUCCUAGUUCAUGUUUCUCCCCAAGAGAACCAGCUUGCCUCCCUUAAGUAGACAUGUCAGAAGGUGGCCAGUCUCAUCCCCCUGGCGUAAAAAGUGCCAACACUGGUAUGGUGCCAGGGAAAACCCUGUUCUUCUGCCAUACAUAUCCAAUAAAACUCAGUUUCCUACUUUGCAUUCCCUUAAAUAUACAUUGGGUUGUAAAUAAUAAGCUUUGUAUGUGACAAAAAAAGUAUAUUUUUUUUAAAUGGGCCAAAUCGAGCAUUGUUAAAUAAUGCCCAUAUUAACUGCAACGGAAAUAAAAACUCUUGAACGUAAAUAAAGGAAGCAGUGAAAGUAUGUUCUCACAGCCAUGACUGUAUGAAAGAUGACUUUGUCAAUUGCUGUUUUAAAGAAACAAUGUCACUUUUUUCAAUAAUAAUCUCUGUUAUAAUAUACGGUUUAAUUUUUAUUAAAUUUUCUUUAUUCAUUUAUGUUGAUUUAAAAAUAAAUCUCUUGCCCGCCUUACUGCCAGCCAUCUGUAUACACCUUUGGCCAGACUGUCAAUGAUCCAACACUCAUAUUUUGCAACCAUUGUUUUUCAAAAUCAUGUGCUCAUUCCCCUACAGCACUUUAUAGGAUAGGUGAUAGGUGUGUGGGAAGAUUAGGCAAGUGAUUUAUUUUUAAAAAAUUCCAAUGCAUCUGUAUAUUAAAGGACCACUAUAGUGCCAGGAAAACAUACUCGUUUUCCUGGCACUAUAGUGCCCUGAGGGUUCCCCCACCCUCAGGGCCUCCUCCCGCCGGGCUCUACGGGGUGGAAGGGGUUAAACUUACCUCUUUCUCCAGCGCCUGGCGGGGAACUCUCCUCCUCCUCUCCGCCUCCUCAGCUGAAUGCGCAUGCACGGCAAGAGCCGCGCGCGCAUUCAGCCAGUCUCAUAGGAAAGCAUUCACAAUGCUUUCCUAUGGACGCUGGCAUCUUCUGACUGUGAAAAUCACAGUGAGAAGCACGCAAGCGCCUCUAGCGGCUGUCAAUGAGACAGCCACUAGAGGCUGGAUUAACCCAAAUGUAAACAUAGCAGUUUCUCUGAAAAAAAAUUCUAUAAAGAUAUUGAAAAAUGUUGAUGACUGUGUCCCAUUAACGUAUGAGAUUUACAUGCCACAAUGUGAUUUUCUCUUCCAACUGGACACAAAAAGUGCUUUAGCAACAUUGGAGUAGGAACCAAAGACAAUCUGGGGCACAGCCUUUCAUAAUAACCCCAGCCUCGCUUAGUGAGCAUACAUUAAACCAUGCAGCUUUCUAUAGGCAAUAUUACAUGUUAUCACUAAGAGGGUCUCUUAGUAGGAUGGGAUAACCAAGUCUUAACUUUUUCUUAAAUUUCUUAAACAGUUACAAAAUUAUGUUAAAUUCAAAGCCAAUUUUUUUCUGGGGGGCAUUCUUCCCCCCAUACCUCAGUUCCUGCAGUGGUGAGCAAAUGAGUAGCCAUGGUUGAGUCUGUUGCAAGGCUGCCUGUUAUCCUGAUGUGCAUGUGUACAAUGGGGAGAUGCCCCUCUUAGUCAGUGGGUCCAGGGCCGCCAUCAGGGGGUGAUAGCCAUUACUCCUGUAAGGGGCCCAGUCGAGCAAUGGGCUUUGCAUGGGAUGGGCUGCAUUGUGGUGCUCCAGAGGACCAGGCCCCUUAAUGGACCUCACUGACUGCCUGCCUUACCCCUCUGGUCUCCUGUCCGGCAGUGCUGGGAGGUAGUGAUGUCAUAUCGCUUCCUCUUAGCUCCCAAGGAAGCCGCGUGGGAGGUUAGCAGAGGUGCUAGGAGUCCCUAGCCCUAUACCUGCUGAUCCUCAAUAGACCCCCGAAGCCACUCUUCAACUGUAAAAACAUGACGUAAAAGGAGGUUGACUAAAUAAAACAUACUUUAUAAUGUGUUCAAAAUAUGUGCCCGUGUUUGUAUCUGUGAGUGUAUAUCUGUGUGUAUCCCAUGACAUUGUCUGAAAUGUAUAUCUGUUUGUGUGUGUUUAUGUCUAAGAAUGUGCAUCUCUCUCUGGGAGCGUAUGUUGGAGUAUCUCUGCCUGGUAGCCUGUAUAUCAUGGGACCCAGCCAGUGGGCUUGUAAGGGGCUUUUAAAUAUGAUGGUUGGUCUGAGUGAGUCACUGGCACUCACCAGUUGCAUCACUGCAUUAUCAGAGUAACACUUUGGGGGUUAGGUAAUCAGUUUUUGGAGCAGCAAAACCACGUAGUUUUGAAUCUGUAUUUUUUCCCCAGAAGAUAAAUAAACAAUUUUUAUUAAACAGAUAAUGGUUAAAAAAAAAAAAAUUAUUAUUAUUUUUUUCUAAUGAUUAUAUUUAUUUUAGUAACAACCCCUGGAUGUUGGGCUAAGGUAACAUCCCUAGGACGUACUUGAAAACCAGAGUAAUUUGAAUGUUAAAUACUUUGUUAUCAUUUUAAUAUUACAAUGUAGCGAGUAGAUGUUACAACAGUAUCUGAAAAAUGUAUUAUAAUGUUAAGUUUGAUUUAACAGAUGUGGGGGGCGGGGGGGGGGAAUUUCAAGAUGUACUGCUAAAAACAACAAAACAGCAUUUCCCCCUCUUUCCCCAACUUUUCAACAUAUAACAGCACACCUUUCUGUGAUGUUAAUUAUUUUUUUAGCACUAUAGGGAGGAUAGCAAAAGGAAAGAAGACCAUUUAAGGUGCGAAAUGAUCUCUAAAUCCCUGACAGGCAAAUGGUAGCUAGCUGAUUGCUGGAGAGAUAAUGUGAAAGUUUUCUUCAAAGUCUCCACUGUAUGGGUAUAGCAUUCCAAAGUUUAGGAUAGGAUUCCCCUCCGUAAUUGAUGUAUUAAUUUAUUUUGAGAGGGGGUACUUCUGAAUUCUUCAUUUUCCAUUUAAUGUUUAGCCUUUUAUAAUAGUGGAUAUGGCUAGUUGGUAGUCAGAUUGCUACAUUUUGUACCACUUGCAAGCAGAGAUCCAUUUAAAUUUUGACAUGAAAGAAAAGCGACAGGGGCAAACCUCAGUGCAGACCACAAUCAAAGACCGGUUGAGGUAGAUAGGCGUUAUGAUCCACAGCACCUUAAAAGCAGGUGUCCCCAAACGCUCACCCAAGACACCGUGUAACCCAUACUCCUCUGAAUCUAAAAUGUGACGCCGUGACCAUGACUACAACAUAACAUCAUUUUUAUAUUGAUUGGCUUAUUGUUGUCCUUUUAAAUGUGAAGGGCUGAGUGCAGUGUUUUGCAGUGAUCCAGAAGAGAAUAAACUCCAGGGUGUAAUUAGUUCUGCAAUUAAAGGGUGGGUACGUCUUUAGUUUGUCAACAUUGCUUGGCAGUUCUGGCGAGAAGCAAUGCAAAGUAUCCAUUGUAAAAUGUCAAAGUAUCGGACCAUGUUUUCUUAGUACAUUCUUUGUACACCUUUACAGGUAUAUUGAAUAUUCUAGUUCUCAACGGGUAGCGGUCAAAUUAGAAAUUAAAUUUGACAAAUAGCUGCAAUUUGGAUGAUACAUGAAUAAUACUGUGUAUGUAAUGAAAGUAAAAAUCAUCGGGAAAAAUAGCGAGCAAAAAAGAGGUGUAAAAAACAGCAGAAACAUGAAUUAUUUUGGUACUUUUUAGAAAAAACGCAAACAGACAUCACCAAUGGAUAAAGGAUUUAGUAGCCUUUUUAUACAUACAAAAUCAAGCAUGUACAUGAAAUUUAAACAAAUAUAAAUGCAAAUGUGUUGAUUUUUAUAAUUCCCCCUGUAUGUUUCUCAUACCCAUCAUACUUUCUUGACGCUAAUCACUUUUUCAUGCGGUUUGGUAGGACAUGAAAAUUGCUUCCCUGUAGGGUGUAAAAAUGAUAUUCUGCAGGAAAUUAUUAAUCAAACAGCAAUUCCGAAGGGCGGUAUCAGCUAAUCUAGGGAUUUCCUUCCUGCAACAAAUGAUUGCAGCAUAUUGAAGGCAUUGAAGGAUUAAACAUAAAGCGACCUAAGAGACCACCAAGGCUCACCGGUUAGACAGACCUCUCGAACCAUGAAGAAAUAUGAUAGAUUUGUGUGCGGAGAAUUAAAUGUGUUUUGUCAGAAAAAAAAAUGUUUCUGGCAAAUAGUGUUUUACCCAUGGGGCUUUUGGUUCGGGAAAAACAAUUUUGAUGAACUAAACUGAAGCAAAAAUGUACCUAAAAAAUAAAUGUUAUAUAUUGCCGUAUGCAGUACACAAAUUGACAUAUUUUCCUGCCAUUUAGUUCACAAGUCAAGUGAAAAGAAAUAACUAAUAGAGGGGGAAAAAGGACGACUAAUAAAAAAAAAUUAAAAAAUUAUAUAUAUAUACUUAUUAAAUACAUAAUAUAUUAAUAUAUAGAAUCUUUUUACUUUAACCAUCAAUCAUCUUUUUUGUUUAAUGUGUUUUCUGUCCCAAACCACAAAACAAAUUAAAUGGCUCGUCCAUCUCCCAUUUGUUUUUUUCAUGAUCAUCAAUAUUGUGUUUCGGAGUUGCGGAACUCAAACUGCAAACAAAUUGUGAUUCGUUUUAAACCGAUUGCGCAAGUCUAUGGGUGGUCCAUUCCCCAUAUAUAUAUAAAAAGUGAAGGGUACGGGUUAAGCUAAUAACCUGCUUAUGGCCAUGUAGGAUCGUAAUUUAAUAUCAAAAUACAAUAUGGUUGCCACCAAGACACCCAUGCAACCUAUAUACUUGGACAAAGGAGGAAGAUACAAGGGCCUAAUAUAUUAACUGAAACUAUGAGAUACUGCAGAUUGAGGUUCAUCAUACUAUUAGUGGCUGUGUCCCUCAACGCCCCUUACAUUGACCUCUUAUGACUAGGUGAUUGGUCAUCUACUCAUCCUUAUUAUUUUAUUAAUGACAUAUUUAUGUAUUGACAUUUAUACUGUGGAGACCUUUUGGCCAUCAUAAGCGUGUGACCAGCUAAUAGGGUGGGGGGUUUCCUGGUCUUUUGAAGUAUGGGUCAGGCUGCUUGGCCUACCUUUACCUACCUUAUGUUGCUCUCCUUACAAUUGCAUCAUGGUGGUGGAAGAGGUAGGGAUGAAGGAGGAGUGAGAUAGUCACCCCAGCUCUAGCAGCUGACACACAUCUAGUGGGGAAAAAAAGUUAUUUAUCUCUCCUUUAGAGAGGGUCCUGUAGAUAACAAAAUGUUUAUUUUAGCAUGUUUUAUGGGUUUACAGCCUUUUUCAGCACCAUGAUAAGGUGGGGAGGGUCACUCUUUUGUUACAGUAGCACCGAAAGGGUGAAUAUUGAUACCUUACGCAACAUCAGUCAGGGUAAUUUAGAUAACCAAAGCUGAUAUAAGGCAUCAAAGUCCUGCUCUAUCUACUGCAUACUAAAUUCUAUGACUUUUACUGUAGUUUUAUAUAUCUUUUCCCCAUCAAUUUUCUUGUAGCAGUACAUUCUCCAACCUUUUCCAGAAUUCGGUAUAUACUUAGGAAACAAUAGUUUAUUUUAUUUAGUGGGAGACUCAGAAGGGCACCUUGAGCACAGAGCUUAUAACAUUGCUGCUAGCAGUUGGUAUGUCUUUUAUGGUAAUACACGUUUAAAAAAAAAAAAAAAAGGAAUUUUCACAGUUGAUCCUGUGUUGCUCCUCCUCCUGAUACUGAACAAAUUAUGGACCAUAUUUUGGUACUUUAUACCACUUUUUAGAGCAGAACACUUUGAUAAAUCCCCCCCAGUUUCUCAUAUUGCUGUUCUAAACAUAAUAUUUUUGUUAAAAAUAUAUUCAGAAUCUUCAGAGAUUCCAAGAGAUUCCAUAUUUUAUGUAUAUAUUUAUAUAUGUUAUGUAAUAUAUAGUUAUAGCCUUCCUGAUCCCAAUAUUUUCCCUCUCAUCUAAGUUAAUAUGGGGGAACCAAAAACUGCCAUCCUUCUCAAACAUAGCUUUGCAUUGUUUUCUUAAUUCUAACGGGACUUGGGGGAUGUGGAGAGCAGAGCAAUUGUGGAACGACCUCCCGCACAAUUUAAAAUCUUCCAUAAGCCUAAAGUCAUUUAAGAGAUCCCUCUCUACAUAACUCAAAACAGAAUGCACGUGUCAUGGUUGAUUAUAUAUUUCCUGCAUAUUCUAUGUUAAAUUUUGUAUAUAUCGUGUAUUAAUAUUGUUUUUGUAUUUUGUUGUACCUAAUGUAACAAUGCAAUGAUUUGUGGACCCAGGACAUACUUGAAAACGAGAGAAAUCUCAAUGUAUCUUUCCUGGUAAAAUAUUUUAUAAAUAAAUAAAUAAAUAAAUAAAUGUUUUGAGCUUCCCUUGAUAGUCCCUUGAUUGUCAUCAUUGACAUUUCCGUUGUCAUAAUGUAUUUAUCUAUGUGCCUUAAGUACAUCGUAACAUUUUUAUGUUCCCUUACAUGGGAUUAUUAUGAGAUAAUAGUGCAAGGUCAAUGGACUUCAUAACUCAAUUAUUGUCAAGGUCAAAUCUCAUGUUAAUGGGGCCUCUGGGCAAUUCUGUGUUACGAAGCCCGAUUCCCAUUUCUCAGUUCUCCACACCCUACACCUUGUUCCAGGUCAGGUCAAUAUCUCAUAUGUGCUAGCUGUACAUCCCCAUUUUGUAUCUCAGUACUCAAAAAACUGUACUUUCUUUAAGUAGUCUUUCACUUAAACACAAAUAGUACCAUUCCUUCUAUCUCUACUUUAUCUUGGUAACUGAUUCUCCCUAUCCUCGUUUCACUUUCUCUUACCACAUUGUGAUCCUGCCUUAUUUUUAUCUCCAUGUCCAUCCAUUAACCUACUGUAGCACAUUUUAGCAUACACUCCACUGUUAAUUUAGGACCCCUCAUAUCCCUCCCAGUACAUGCUACCCCUGCCUUCUUCAUCUGAGAACCUCCUCCUCUUCAUGAUAUGUUCUGGGCCUCCCAAUACCAUCUCCUAACCCGUAGGAUUCCUCCUUCCCUCCCAGCACUCACUUCUUUCCCUCUCAGCACUGACUCCAUUUCAUCCCAUCAUCUUUUCCUUCUACAUUCUUCAUGUUAGACCCCCUCCUCCCAGCAGUCUUAAUCAUGAUAUAUCGCCGCAGAAUAUGCUGGCGCUAUAUAAAUAUUUGUAAUUAUAUGUCCCCUGCCUCACAACACCAUAUUCUUCCAUUAUAGAUCUUGCUCCUACAUUAUAGGCCUCAGCAUCCAGCCACAUGCUCUCCUUCCUCACAGCACCUCCUACCACUAUACCUCUUUUUAAAUGUAAGACCUCUUCUCUCCCAGGAUCCCUUAAAUCUUUGUAUCCUCCUGCUCCAAGCACCCAAUCCCUCAAUUAUUUAUCCCCAACUUCUUCCUUAAUCAUAGUUCCCACUCUCUUCACCUCCACAUUCCUUCUUUCCGGGUCCCUUGUUGUGAUGUUCAGAAUCUGCAAUUUGCUACAAGCACUAUCCAUCUUUGUUUAUACAGAAGUUGACAGACACUGCAUAUGCAAUGUCUGAGGAGCAUCAUGCCAGAAUUUUAACCAAAACCACUUUCAUAUUACUUGCACUGUACUUUUCAGAUUCCAGGUUGGCGACAUCUUUCGUGAUGGUACAGGUUGACAAACUAAAGUGGUGGCAGAGAAUAGAAAAGAUUUAAAAACAGAGGCUUUUGGACAGAGUGGGCAGAUGAUGAAGCAUAGGAGUAGGCAACCUUUGGCACUCCAUAUGUUUGGACACCAUUAUCCCUGAUGCUUUGUUGGCAUUACGGCCGUAAGAACAUCAUGGGAGAUGUAGACCACAACAUCUGGAGUUCCGAAGAGUUUCUACCCUUGGCAUAGAGCUUCUCAGACAGAAGAUGUGUAUAUUUCAUGCAUUCUUGCUUUAUAUUAUCAGAUAUAACUACUUAAGGUUAUCUGAACAAUAAAAAACAUCAUAUGUCUGAUGUUGUGUCGUGUCAGGGUUUGUUUGGAGUGCCGCAGUGCCCCUGUGAAAAAUGAUGGUGGCUUGUAUUUACAGGCCGAGAAGGGAAGGGGUUUUCUUUUGUUCAAUUGUUCGGGGGAGUUCAGCAUGGCAGUCUCUUUCUAAAGAGUUUGGAUCCUGCCGAGGGAGGACAGGUGUGCGGAAAACAAUAAGUAAAAAUGUUGUACUUGGCAAGAAAAGAUGUUAUGAAAGGAGAGAUGUCAGUGGCGGGUUGGUACAUGAAGAUGUUGCGGGCAGGCUGGUACAGGAAAAGCUGGGCUAUGUGCUAAAGGCAGGUUCUGCAGGUGCGACUUGUAUCUUAUCUCUGUGUUUUACCAUAUCUCCAUUGUUUGGUUUACUUUCAGGUUUUUCUUUUGGAUUCACGAAGGAGUAUGAACAUUGGCAUCUUUCUGAAACAGUUUAAAAGGUAAUUAUUUUUGACCGUUUGUGAACAUUUUACUACUAACUGGAUUUUUUUUUUUACUAAAUUCAGAAUUAUAGCAAAUUACAUACAAAUGGCAAAAUUUAGGCUAAGAUAGUGAUUUGGAGUAAUUAUUCAAUUCUGCUAUAGUCAAAGACUUCAUUUUGCCAUUCUUAUUUAAGCCUCAGGUUAAUAUUUUUGGAUACAUUUUUAGAAUUAUUUAGUGUUUUUAGAAAAACUUUUAAAAUUAUUAUUUUUUCAAAACAUGAAAAUAUCUAUAAAAAAUAUAUCAUAGGUAAAAAUGUAGAUCUACAUAUCAAAAUAUGAAAAUAUUGGGGGCGGGGUCGGACUGCCAAGCAGAGCAGACACAUGGCACAACAGCUCCUGCUAUUCUCAGGCUAUUUGGUCCCAAAAACGCAACUUCUGGCUCUGAGUCACUACAGGCAACUGCACUAUGAAGUGCUAGUACUGGGGAGCAGUCAGCGACCCGAUUCUGGGUCCCCCUUUUGGGGAGAACACGGAGCUCUAAGACCGAGGCCUAGUCAAGCCUAUCCAGGUGGUGAGUAGGGUGGACGGCCGCCGCCCUGCUACCCUGCCUGGCUGCAAUAUGGGGGUCCCCUAACUCAAUGGGGUGAUGGCCCUGCUUCCCCCCCUCUGGGCCGGUGGGGGUCAUCCCGGCCUACCCUGGGGCUCUAACCCGAUUGGAGACUUCACUGCGGAGACAUCACUUAAGAUGGCGGCUGGGCCCGACCGGCGCGCUAUGGAGAAAGAGGCCCCUCCUCGGGGCUUUUGGCGCUCACUGCGGGCUACUCAGGGAGAAAUCAUUUGAGCAACCUACCUAUCCUGAGACCCGACCUGGAGUGCUCCAAUCGACACCGAGGACCUUGAGUGGAGACCAGCUGACUGGCAAAGCGGCCCCAAAGGUAUUUAGGCUGCAAGCUGGCACGAUCCUGUGAAGCCGAGCCACACGCACGAUGGCCGCAGAUCACUAUGAAGACCUCACACAUACCCAGCUCCCAACUGCGACCGGCUGAUACCACCCGACAAGCUACACCACAGCAUCAUUAUUCGCAGAUGGAGCUGAGAAAACACAGAACUAUGACCUGCCAGUGAUGGGAGUUGGCUGCUCUCUGCACAGGGACUGGGGCUGCCUAUUCUGUCUCCUGAACAACAUUCAGGAUCACAUCCACCUCUCAUCGGGGAGGGGAGUCUCUGUCCGGGGACCCAGGGUUCUUUAACCACGGUGGCAUAAAUUUUCCUUUUUCUUUUUUAAGCAACACUAACCAUGCCAUCUUGCCUAGCAAACCUGUCUCUCUCACAAAAUCUAUUUUAACUAUGAGUUCAGUUUUAGCCUGCACUUCCACGUCUCCAGCCUGUCAAUUUAACUAAUGUGGCUAAACAGAUUUGAAAUUAACCUACUCAGGCAAAUAUACCUGUACUGCAUGUAUACAAUCUGUUAGCGUCUGACGCAGCACGGUAAUGAUACAUUCAGAUAGUGCAGCGAUGUUACCUUAUGUACCAAGCAAGUCUCAGCUAUUUUCAGCUAGCAUGUUAAUCCCCAUAGGCUGCAAGAUUAACUAGUUUACUGUGUUACUAAAUAUCGAGACAGGCAGAUCUUCUAUGCAACCAUGAUCCAAUGUUUAACCUCUAACAUGUUUCCUAUCUUGAAUAUAAAAAAACAAAAUUGUGCUAUGUAUUUCAAUGCCAUACCUAUGUUAAUGUAUGUUUCCGUACUUGCUUGCACCAGCUAUUGUGGCAGUGCAAACAUGAUUGUUCACGCUAUGCACAAAUAAAAUAAAGAAAAAAAAAAAUAUGAAAAUAUUUUUCAAAAUAUGAAAUUGUUAUAAAAUGUAAUCCACAAAUAUUAAAUCAUUUCAAAAGUUUAUCCAAAAAUAUUACAUUGAGGCCCUAAAAUUAGAUUCUAGCAAAUAACCCUGUAAAUAAAAGCACAAUUGUUUUAGGCUUUUUAAGAAAAAACUAAAAACUAAAGAUACAAGCACUGGUGUGGCUUUAUGUACGUAUCACAGUGUAAUUCAUGUGAAAUAAAAUAGGAAAACUUAAAUUAAAAUGUUUACUAAAAUAACACAUAUGGUAACUGACAAACCCAAGUGGUAUUUGGAAUAGCCAAUAAUGGCCAUGAUUUAAUAUAUUUGGAUGAACUUUUCAAAUGCUGUAAUGCUUUUUGCAACAUUUUUAAAACAAACUAUCUUCAAAAUAUUUAAAUAUUUAAAAAGUCACAUAUCAGUAAUAAACCACUUUAAAAGUUUAUUAAAAAAAUAUGAAAUGAUUUGAAAAUGUUCACAAAUAUUAAAUUGAGGCCAAUGUUUUAAAAAAGAGAACAUCAGGGACUUCACUAUAUCGCACUGAAGGUAAAUAUGAUUGAUGAUAGUGGUUCUCUCAUAAGGUAUAGAUUGAAAUAUAAGUACAGCAAAAUAUAAUUUUAAUAUGUGAAAAAUCAUUAUUAUCAGCAUACAGCAGGCUUUUUUAAAUGCUUUAUUUAAGUAGUAUAGUAGAUGAAAAUAGCACCCUUUUGAUGUACACUAAUGGGAUCCAAAGUACUUCCGAUUACUGAAAACAAACUUGCUAAAGGAGGCGAGGGAUCUGCAAUGUAUGUCUCUAUAGACCUACAAGGGGAUGCAGUAAUAGCUGGGCCAGAAUUCCAAGGGGACAUCCCUGUGACACAUAUUCUUGUAGAAUUAAGUGAGACGGAGAAGGUUUUGAGCCAAAGAAGGCAUGUAUGCAAAGAUAUCACCGUACUGUAAAAGCCCACAUCUCAUUCAGCUUGGAGGAAAAAUGUAACACUUGAUUAGGCACUAGUCACUAUUAAGUUAUUUUAUCACUUUGCCCUGUCAUUCUUUGUCACUUUUUUCUUAUCCAACUGUAAUCUAAAAAAAUGAAUGCAGAAGUGAACAUAAUGGGAUAUCAGCAUCCGCUACAAAAUGGCACAAGGUGAUAAAUUAGAGGCAGUUGCUCCUCUAUAACCAAUCCUUGUACAGAUUAAGUUGGGGCAAGCUCCUGACCAUCAAGAAUAUUAUUAGUGAAUACAGGUUAUGGAACAGAACCAAUGGCUUAACCAUAGAUAAUUCAGCAACUCAAAUAGCUACGCAUCAACGCAGGUGGAUUAAUUAAAAUGACUAUCACUGCACUCUUCUUUGCCAUGAAGGCUGGAGGUUGGGAAAUGUUGUUGGGAAUUACAAUUAUCACAUCAUCUGUGCACAUACCAUACAACAUUUCAGAAGGUUUUCCUCUCUACAGAUCAGCUGCCGAGAUAGUUGAAGACAUAAAGAGAGGAAACGGGGAUGCGUACAGCUCCGAGAGAUUAAGUGAAUUGUUGAAACACCUGCCAGAAAGGGAGGAGGUAAGGAAGUUUUAUUGAGUGGAAGCAAUCACAUCCUAUGUCCAUUGACACUCUGAUUAACCUAAUCCUCACCUCCACUGUCAACAUUUGUGAAUUGAGGUUAAUAGAUCACUUUGUUGUUGCUGUUUCCAUUUCAGGUGAAACGUCUGAAGUCAUUUCAGGGGGAUAAGGAAAGACUGAGCGAAGCAGACAUCUUCAUGUUACUGCUCCUGGACCUUCCAAGGUAAGGCAACUAGUUAAACUAUAUACACCCUCAUGCUCUCCGAUAUGAACUACUGUCAUGUAUAUUUUAACAUUUCUCUAUUUAAUUGUCCAUUAAAUCUCUAGUUUUAAUUUAAUUUAAAAUAAAGAGGUAAUGUUUCAUCCACUUCUAUCUAGGCCAGGGGUGGGCAAUCUUCAGCCCUCCACUUGUUUUGGACUACAUCUCCCAUAAUGCUCUUAGGGCCAUAAUGCUAGCAAAGCAUCAAGGGAAAUGUAGUCCAUAACAUCUGGAGGGCUGAAGAUUGCCCAUCCCUGUUCUAGGCCAUCACACCAUCAGGAUACCAUCAGUGUCUCUUAUUCUUUUUGAGAUGGCAUGUUUGUGCUUAAGUGUGUACCGUAGACUGGCACCCAGUUUCUUCUCCUGUGCUUUACCAGGGGUAACCCUGUUUUUGAGGAAUUAUUGAAUGAAGGGUUGACAUUAUGGACUCUUUACUGGUACUGUCUUUACUGGUAUUAUACACCCUCCCUAUCAUUCUAAAAUACAUUACUCCUAUAAUUGUGGCUCAGCUAUGCUUGAUUGCUUGAUUUUAGUGAUUGUCCAGUAAUCUUAGUUCUUAAUCCUAUGAAAUAAAUCUGACUUAAUCCUAGAAUGUUAAUGAUCACAAACUAAUAAUGCAACACUUUUACUCUAAAGGGAUUGUAAGUGCUUAGUGCUUAGUGUUUAGUGCGUGCUCUUGGAUGUGACCACAUCACAGCUGUUUAAUACAUGGUACUAUUACCCAACAUAAUCCUACUAAUUUAGCAAUUUUUAAUGUAACACUAUAGCGUUAGGAAUACAAACAUGUCUAUAGUGUCAUACUCCGUAUUUAAAUGUAACCCCCUUCCCCCUUUUGACCUGUAAAUAAAUUUAAAAAAAAAAAGUUUUUACUUAUAUUUUUUCCAUUACUGAGACUCGAACAUCAUCGCCUACAUCGUCCUAAAGGCGUCGCUUCCACAAUGAUCAUUCAAUUCAAUGCCAGUACUUUCUAUUAAAAGGGGGGCUGUAAUUCUUAUCAUACACUGACACUCAGUGACUCCCUACACAGUCUGGUAUAAACUCAACCAUUGGUUUAACAAACUGGAAGAGCAUCCUCAAAGUAGGGAUAACUGAAGUAGGAGCUCAUUUCCAAAUGUGUCUCCUACACAUGGUCACAUCUCGGAUUGUCUUAGACCUGUAUGUUUCUUGGAAAAUAAAACUUGAAAAAAAAAAGAAUCCAAUGCGUCCCUAUAAGCUACAUUUGAGGACGUUCAACAUCCUCGUGGACAUCGAACGUCACAUGACCGAGUGAAACUAGAGGUAUGUUUAACAUUUCAAUCAAAACAUUACCGGAUCUACUAAAUAGCAAUGUUUCAGAUAGAAGAGCUAAAACUAAAGGGCCACGUGUCCAGACCACUACAUUGAGAUUGAGUGGUCUGGGUGUAUUUAGUGAUCCUUUCAAGUAUGAGGGGCUGAGGUGACUUUGGUGAACAUAGAACCUGUGAUCCUGUGGAUUUUAAGUGGUUUUGUUGUUGGUACUUUAAGCAGCUAAUAGAUCUAAUUUGCCUUUUGUUAGCUGCCAAUGAAAGUGGCGCUGGUGGUAUUGAUGGGAGUUCAUGACCAACGUGAUUGGUACAGGUCACCAGUGACAGUUUGACAUGAUUAAAAUAAGUCAAUCGGAAGGAUGUGUUUUGGUCUGUUUAGCUACAUCUCACAUGUGUUCUUUAUAAUCCUCUUCUUCAUCCAUUGCUGAAUUACUUCUUCCAUCUGAAGCAAGGUGGCAAGUUUUAGACAAUAAGGCAAGCCAAUGGACCUGAAAACAUGAUGCCCCACAAUAUUUCUGAUACAGAGCCGCUGCAAAAUUGCAGAGAGUGACUGUACUGUUCUCUCUUCCUUACGCCCUCUCAGAACAAGUUCGAAAAACAGGAAAACUUGAGGCAGCAGAAUAUGAGGUUCUAUGCCUUUUUUUCGUUCCAAGAGUGAAGUCGCACAUGGGAGGAGAAGACAGAGAUCUCCUCCCGCUCAAGAUCAAUGGCUCGCAAGCAUUAUUAAAAGUUUAGGUUUUAUCAAUAUUUGGAUUUGAUUAGAUAUAUCCUGGGCCAUCCGUCAUCCAUGAGAUCUAGAUUUAGAACCCGUUCACUAUCUCACCAAAAGAUGUCAGGUUUACUCGCAAAAUUAAGAAUUGUUGAAAACUGAAUAAGAAAUUUGACAUUUUAAUCUAAGAUAGACGAGUAUCUAUUUUUUGCAUAUUUAUUUUUAUAAUUUGAUAGUGUAAGCUAUAAAAUCUAAAUUGUUUUUGUGAUUUAGGUGGAAGACUCUCUGAUAUAUAUACAACUUUAUAAAAGUUCCAAUAGUAGACUUUCUUGCUUUAAUUUUAUGCACAGUUAUGUUUUGGACAAAUAAAACAAUCAAUGUGAAAGUCCUCAAAUAGGACCCUUGAGACAUAUAUAUUCUAGUCAAGGCCAUUCCUAUAUCUAUUCCAAAGUCUAAACAAUCCCAGUACUGAAUGUGCAGAGAGAGCGUAGAGGAGGUCAAGGAAAUGAGAUAUGAAUAAAAAGCAGGAAACCAGCAUUACCAGGAAAUAUAAUAAAGAUAUUAAGGGAGGAGAAAUUUUACCAUUUGAAGACACAUUUACAGGCGUAUUUACUAAAUCGAGAAUUCAAAGAUAAUUUAAAACUGAAGGCAGAGUGGCUGCAAUGAGAGGUCUGCUAUUUUUUACCUUAAAUUUACUUAGAGUUCACUUUAAAUUCUCCCUUUGGUGAAUAACCCUUUGUAAGAGUUACCCCCAGGUGUCCGAGUUAUUGGCAUGGAAUAUUCAUUUAAAAAAAACCAAAAAGGUUUGUAAGGAUAAUCAACCCCGAGUUACGUGUAGUUAAUAACCUGAGAACUGAAUUUACAUGUUGCUAGUUAAGAGCAUUUUUUUAAAGUGCUCCUAGUUUGUGUUUUAUUUUUUAUUUAUUUUUUAAUUCUUUAUUUUAGUUGUGCAUAUGAUAAUAACAGUCGCUUGUGAGGUACCACAAAGGCAGUCCUCUAGCGCAUGAUAAACAGUUUAAACAUUAGCGUAGACUUUGGAUCCAGCACAUUUUUGGGGGUUAAUAAUGUUAUGAUCAGUAUAUAUUUGCUUUGCUUAAGCAUUUCAAAGCAUAACACGGAACAACAUACAGGCUAUAAUCACAGAAGUAUUUGGUCACCGAUUGUUAAUGAUCUAGUUCACUGCACUAUCUAUAAAAUACACUUUAGCAGUGAGAUAUGCAUGCUUGUGAGACGUGUGGUAGGUGCUAAUAUGGACAUGCACAAAAAUGUUUGUAUUUCAUACAUCAUGCAAUAAACGUUUAAACAUUUGUUGAUUCGCAAUGCCUCAUUGUUACAUAUAACUAGAGUAUAAACAAGUUAGGCUAUGGCAUAUGGUAGUUGAGUGUAUUUUCGACAUGCCAGAUCAUGUAUACAUAUAACUUCGAGUGUCAUAGCUAAGUACACUUUUGCUUAUAGUUAAAUAUGCAGGUCUCAUGUUAAACAUAAUAAGAGAAAAUAAUAAAAUAAAAUAAGAAAUUAGGAAGGCUUGUUAUUCGUGUUAUAGACUGAAGCUUAUGGCGUAUUGGUAGUAUGACCUAUAUGUGGGGGAGGAGGGAUGCUGAGAUAUGGCACUCAAAUCUUAAACAACUUAAACACUUUAGAGCCCUGUUAGGCAAGUUAGUCUAAAGGGACAUUGCUUGGCUUAUUUGUCUGACAUUGACCAUUAGGGAUAGCAUACCAAAAGAGUAAACAUGCUUGCACUUAAAUCAACAAGGUUGGUACAAUAUAAGCAGGAUAGUGUCCGCUGGGGUGGGAUGGAGGUGGUCAUAAGGCAGCAGGCUAGCCCCCAAUGUGUUCCCGAAAGUCAGCCGACUCCCAUAGUCGGUAUGUUCCUGGUGCCUGCAAGUGAAGCGUAGGUGGUGCUCAAAGGUAGUGUCCACAGGUCAUAAGUGGUGCUCAGAGGCAAUGUCCACAGGUCAGUAUUGCUUCUCCUGGCUGGGGUCUGUAUGCGCGUGUGGUAGUGGAUUCGCCAUACCGUUCGGGCGUUCCGGCUGCGGCUCGAUUUCCCCAGUCUCUGGCUCCGGGCCUUAGCGAGAGCCCCGGCCUUGUGUCCAUGGAGCCUUCCAGACACGGUGGUUGGCUAGGGGGCCCACGGGUUCUCCCUGUCCCGGGUGUCCCCACGAGUGUAUGGACAGCAUGGGGUAAGCCCCUGAUGGGCUCCCAGCCCAGAAGAAUGCCGGGUAGGCAGAGCGGCAGCUUUGUACGCCUUUUUGAUGGGCGAUGCUGGUUUGGUUUUUGGUUUGGGUUUACAGACCUCCCUCAGGUUUUGUGCUGGUAGGCCCGAGUUGCUCUGUUUGGGUUGUGGCUCGGCGGCCCUCUUGGUAGCGCCAUGCUUGCUGCUUUUACGCCUCUCGCUUAUUUGUGGUGAGGCCGUCGGUUUCAUUUUAGCCUCCAGCUUGCGCCAGAAAGUGUCGAAGAGUGCUUCCAGUCUUUGCCGGGUCCCAUACUGUGGGUCUGUAGGUUCAAGGGGAAGCGUGGCGUCCGCCAUGUUGGGUGCAGCGUCUUGUUGCAUGCUUCCCCGCGCUUUUCCCCACUGUUCCCGCUCCAGUCUCGUUUUGUCUCUCAGGUGUGGACCACGAUCACCCCCGGCCGUUCCUGCUUGCGUUGUGUCAGCAUUUCGUGGCACCGGACCGGGGGAUCGGCCGCCUCUCCUGCUCUACGGUCGCCAGGCCUCAUGGCGCAAGUCGGUCUGCCAGCCGGUUUCAGAGUGAUCCCAGAGUGGUCGGUUCAGUGCCCUUUAGUGGGUCAGAUGAGACCAUUUGGGUUUCUCUGUUUUAAAGCUUUUAGGGCUGAAACGUUGUGUUUUGCCCUGUGCUCUGAGGAGCUCUGCAGUGGCACGUCUAUCUUCCAUGCUGGUCAGGCCCCGCCCCCCAGUUUGUGUUUUAUUUUAUUAUUUUAUUUUUUUUGCAAUAUAACAGCCAAUCCUUACUACUUUACUGGAAUCUAUAGGUGUGUCUGUUCAAGAAAAGCAUUAACUGUCAGUAUUAUAGUUGAUCCAGCACGCAGAAUAGUAUCACACCUAGGACUAAGGAUAACGUCUAGCCAGACCUUAGAAUGGCCGGACUUAACGUACCCAAGAAUAGUCAAAAUACUUGCCGAGGACAGGGACACAGAAUGAGACACAACGAUGAGGAAAGACAGAAGUCAAGGAUACCAGAAAUCAGGGAAGUCAAAACAAAGCCAAAGUCAAAUACCAGAAAAUGCAAUCAGGAACACACUCUCAGAUAACCAGCUAGUGGAAACCAUGACAGGGCACUGACAAAAAGGUAAUUUGGGUUUAUAUAACCCUCCGUACGCUGUAAUUGGCUCUCUGUGACCUCUGAACCCAAAACGUGCGUACGUGUCCAUGAUGUGACGUCGCACGCACGUUGGCGCCAUCUUUGAUGUGGGCGAAGAUUUUUUUCCUAUAAAAUCCUGAACUGCAGUGGCCAGCAUUCCUAAGAACGUCGCACCCGCUGCGGACCGGAACGGAGGGAGACCGGGCAGCUGCCUGCCCAGACCAAGGUAAGUCAGAAAUAUCUCUCUGCUUAGUUUUUGUGCAGCCACGCCGGCAGAGGAGCCGGGAGCCGUGACAUUAACAUCUUUUUGUAUUCUGUUGAUAUUCCGUUGAUUCUGCCCACUUUUCUCCAACCCCUCCUCGUUUGUCUUGAACUACAGUCACUCUCUGAAUAUGAGCCACUGUCUGCAUUUACUAACAGACCAUUUGUUCUCUUUACUUCAUAGGCUUUGAAACGCUAGUCUCCUCCUAAUAGAUUUAAUAGUGUUCGAAAUGCUUUCCAAAUUAUUUAAUAUUUUUAAACAUAGAAUGUGACGGCGGAUAAGAACCAUUCGGCCCAUCUAGUCUGCCCAAUUUUCUAAAUACUUUCAUUAGUCCCUAGUCUUAUCGUAUAGUUAGGAUAGCCUUAUGCCUAUCCCACGCAUGUUUAAACUUUUAAAAUGUUUUAUCACUAUGAAAAAUAUUUAAAAUUUUAAUAUUUUGAUAUUUUGUAAUAUAUUUAUAUAUUUUGGUAUAUGACAUGUUUGAUAUUUUAAUAUGUUGAAAAAAAAAGCUAUUUCAAAAAUACUAAAUCAUUUGUAAAGCUUGUCCAGCAUUUUAAAUUGAGGUCUAUAGUUCUUGAUUGCUCAAAAUUAUAACAGUAGUUUUGUAUACCAUCUUAAACCUGCAACUUCAAAUUCUAGCUUGCCGCAGCCUCUUACUCAGUCUCUGUUAAUCUCCUACAUUUUGUCCUUAGGUAUAUAUAUAUAUAUAUGGUAUUUAUGUGCUUAAAGGGACACUACAAAUUGCAAGUGACCGUAAAUGUCAAUGUAUAGUUAAUGCAUUAAAAAUAAAUAUGCAAAUAAAUAACCUUUAAAGGUAUGCCCCUCCCACCAGUGUCCAUUGCAAGGGUAUCUUCCUUAGCAAUGGACGCUGUCUGUGCUCAUUUGCAUGUCAAGGUGGAAACUCUGGGAAAGUUGGGUAAACAUAACUUUUCGAGUAUCUAUGCCCAAGAAGGACCUUUCAAAGUCCAACUUCAGAUAUGCAGGUGAUGCAUAACAGUAAUAUAAUAAUAUUUUGUAUUUUUUCUAUGGGGCGUUGUAUCGUGUUUGGCCUCACCACAAUAUUAUAUAUAUAUAUAUAGGGGAGCUUAUUUGCCAUAUGCCUGUCCAGUUUGCCCCUAUGCACAAGUUGGAUGGAUUUAGAUAACAAAGAAGGAAGUAAAAAUGUAUCAUUAUAAUCCAGUUUCAUUCUAAAACAGAUAAAAUGUCAUUUAUGGAUACAAAAAAAUAACAAUAUAUAAACCUUCACUGUAAAGCCAACGUGAUAUAAAAUAUGAAGUAAUAGACCUAAAAAUAAUAUAGUUACAAUGACAAUUAUUUAUUCCAACAUAUUCCGUACCGCUGAACAAUAAGAAACAAAACAAAAAUGUUUGAUUUUGUGAUUUAAUUCUAACAAAAGAUUUAUGACAUACGAGAACAGCAGGUGAAAAUUGCCCUGCCCAACAAGUUGACCAGAUGUAUCGUCUCUGCCAAAGCAAAAUCCGGAUCUCAAUUUUGUUAGUAGAAUAUUUUUGCGCAUAUUAUUUCAAAAGAUCUGAGGAGAAUAAUAUCGUCUGACAGCAGAUUCUGUAAGAGAGCGUUGAGUUAUUUUUUUAACCAGAACAAAAAGAAUGCUUAAAGUGCACUAGAGAAUUCAUUAAAGCAAUAUUGUUUGUUAAACUGGAAUUCCACUAAAUGUACCAUACAGCCAUUAGAAACGGAGUGAGAAGAGUGUGGGGAGGAGGUUGUGGUAGAGCCAGCAUAAACGAAGAAAGGGCAGUUAAAAUCCCAGACGAUAGCGUGCACUUUCCUUUUUAGGUGUCCAGCAAAAGUCUUGAGGAUAAUAGGAGGAAGGAAGGGACACGGUGGGGAAGGUCAGGGGAGACGUACAGUAAUGUGAAUUUGAUUAUAUUUCUAUGAGGGUUGGGCAUUGAGAAGUACUGUUUGUUAGAAGUCAAAAGUUGGACGUGAUACACUUGACUCAGAAAGUUAUCUAACUCGAGUGCAUUCGGAAUAGUCAAUGGGAAAACCUAAACCGUAAAUUAUUCAAAAGAUCCGAGUUGGAAAGAAAAGAAAAUUAGAUUUGCCGCCAGAUAUUCCUGUAAUAAGAAGCAACUGAAUAAAGAAUACAGGGAUAAAGAGAAGAGAUCUAGUUACUUAUGUCACUCCUAUUUCUGUCACUUUAGUACUUUUUUUACCCCAUUGCCGUAGCAACACAUUACUGAUUAAAUCAGGGUCACUUGGAAAGAAAUGCAUGCUUUAGACUGUAAGUAGUAAAGUAAAGUCAGCUGUCCGCAGACCUUAAUUCUCCCAAUGCAACAAUGGAAUGAUGUGUCCCUGUCCCAUAAAAUAAACAAUGUGGUUAUUCUACUCCAGUGAUUGCUAUCCUUUGAUUCCACUUUUUGGCAUUACCAUGGCAAUUCCGCUUUUGUCCUCUGACACUCCACGCAAGACCCGACAUCGUGAAGUCUGGUUCUGAUGUCAUUCAUGGUGCAAAACGCUCACACUUUGCCCCUUUAUAGAUUUAAAGAUACAGGGCACAUUUUUAUGACAAGUUAUUUUCUUAUAACAUCACACAGUACUGUAACUAAUCACAGCAUUGGGUAUUUAACUAGCUGGUUGUUUCUAGUUCCUUGCCCUUUUCUGGUUUCUGUUAACUGACUGAUUCUGUUUUCUGACCUUGGCUUGAUUGACCAUUCUUGCUUUCUUUAACCCUGACAUUGGCUGGUUACUUGUUUCUGUGUACGUCUUUUAUCCCUGACCUUGGCUUGUUACUGGUUUCUGUGUACGUCUGUUAUCCCUGACCUUGGCUUGUUUCUCCUUUCUGUGUAUGUCUGUUAUCCCUGACCUUGGCUUGUUAAUGUUUAUUCUGUGUCUGCUUGCAGAUAGCCUGACUAAUUUAUCAGUGCUAGCCCAGCCAUUCUAAGGACUGGUAUGCAUAGCUGCCUUGUUUCUACCUAGGUUUGUGUGUUAGGGUCAGGUCAGUCCUGACAACUACCUUUUUUUCAGUGGUUUCUGGAAGCAAAAUGGCUUCCAACCUGGUGCCAGAAAAUGUAUCUGUUAAAGUAGGCCUGGGCUGAGUAUAUAUUUAGGAACAUCACACACGGCAUAUCCAAUUGUGUUCCUUACACUGGUUUGGAACAUAAACUUGGCAAACUGCUUGAAUCUUGAUGGGUUGCUUGGUCAGAGUACCAAUGUCUGACCUCUCCUUAGUGGACCUACAAUAAAAAUAAACGGGUGGCACAAGCGUUUGGCUGUGGUGUAUGUGGCAAACAACCACACCACGCCUGGAAUGUAAUUUGUGAAAUGUUGAAAAUGAAGGAUAUUUUGAUUGGAGGUAUAUUUGGCUUGUUGCCUGAAAAGUUCCACAUUUUUCAUGAAUAGACAUUUAGAAUAAUUACUUUCUACCUCUGUGUCUAUUAAGUUUACAAUCCAACGAACUGUUGACUAAACUCCAGAGUGGUUUAGAAAUGUGGUCUCCGGGAAAAAAAAUUCCCACAGUUCACUGCUGUUUAAAUGAUACUUAAUUGGUAGUUUACAUAUAAAAUAUCAUAUAGACACAUUCCUUAAAUUAUUUUGGUAACAUUCUGCCACCAGACACUUUGUCCAAACGUAUCCUGAAAUGUUUUUAGAAUACAAAGAGUUAUUUAGAAUAUUAUGUAAUCCUUCAAAGAAUCUUUUGCUUGGGAACAAGAUGACAGUCAGACGUGUAACAGCAAACGUUGACUGGGUGAAUUGAUGUAUUUAUAUAUAUUUAUAUUAAUGGGCCUCAGAUGCUGAAAUUAAGUUGCCUAUCUUUUUAUUAGGUUGCUAAAUGUUAUACGAUAGACAAGCACACUCACGAUGGCAGGGUGUUAACCAGCAGAUGAGAAAUGAAAGUUGUACUCGAAAUGAAGUUAGUGUCUGUUUGCGUUCCGAUAAAACAGCUACCAAUCCUCUCACAUUUUUGAGAGGGGACAUAUUGCUAGGAUAAGGAAAGUACAGAAUGCCUUAUGUAAUUUUUUCUAGUAGCUUAAAGGAUCACUAUAGUAUCAGGAAAACAAACUUAUUUUCCAGACACUAUAUAACCCUUAAGUUCCCCCUGCCCCCCCCCACCCUUCAGCUACUUACUUUAAUCCAGCGCCGUGCUCCCUCGGCGCUGGUGACCACUCCGACAUCAGCUCCCGACUGGAGCCGAAUGUGCAUGCGCUGCCAGAGCCGCGCGCGCAUUAAAAACGCCCAUAGGAAAGCAUUACUCAAUUCUUUCCUAUGGAUGUCCAGCGCAAGUUCAAUGCGAUUUUCACACUGAGAAUCACGGAAAGCGCCUCUAGCAGCUGUCAGGAAGACAGCCACUAGCGGCUGGGUUAACCCUGCAAUGUAAACAUAGCAGUUUCUUUGAAACUGCUGUUUACAUCUGAAGGGUUAAAACCUGAGGGACCUGGCACCCAGACCACUUCAUUGAGCUGAAGUGGUCUGGGUGACUAUAGUGGUCCUUUAACCCAGGUAUCGCUGGGAAGUAGAUUCACAACUGUUGCAGAACUACCAAUCCCAUGAUGCUUUGCCAGCCUUAAGAUUGGUAAAUCAACAGGAUAGCUGUAGUUCCGCAACAGCUGAGGAUACGUUUAUGUUCUUGAAUAAAGAGUGAAGCUAGUUAAACCAAUGCACAGUCAGUUGGUAAUAGUUUGUGGGGACUUGCAAGGUAAGCUCCUACAUUUUCAGAUGGGAGUUGUAUGACAGAUGUUUAUGGUGCUAAAACUGUCCUUUUACAAUUGUACAAGUUCUAAUUUAAAAAAAUGGAAUUUGAGCUCUAUGUCUGUUCAACCAUAAUUUACCUCUUUCAUAUUAAGUGCACCCACACGUAUUAUAUAUAAUUUUAUUCAGGAGAAACAUGGCUUUCGUUGCACCUCAAAUAUUGAUAAUUAAAACAUAAUUUAAUAUGAAUAAAAUCUAACAUUUGAGAAAUUAAGAAAUUUUGUUAUUUUUCAUGUUCUGCAUGACGUUUUAACUGUGAAUGUCAUAAUACUGUUAGCUUUUACUGCAAUAAAAUACACAUAUUUGUGUUCAGCAAUGUCUCACGAGUGAAACGGUACCCCCCAUGUACAGGUUUUAUGGGGUUUUGGAAAGUUACAGGACUUUCUACAUUUUCAGUUUUUACACAUUAAAACUUGCGGAUUGGUUUGCUGGGCUUACGUUGCCUUUGAGACAGUAUGGCAGCCCAGGAAUGAGAAUUCUCCCCGUCAUGGCAUACUAUUUGUAAAACCCAGGUUAUUCAAGCUGAACAACAUACCCAAUCCAUCACAAUGUCUUCAUUCUCACAAGAAUUACAGAAUCCCGAUGUUGGGUAAAAUCUGAAGUUAAAGUUGUUGUUUUUUUCUCUCUCAAGUAUUUCCCCAAGUUUUGAUACUUAGCAUUAAACACAGUAGAUAUAUUUCCGCUAGCGUUUUCACAUGCCAGUUGAUUCUCCUUUUCUAUUUGCUCAAUGGCCCAAUGUUUAGAACGCCUAAACUGAGAUUGUGUGCUUGCUCAAGUGUUGUAGUCCUAACCAUUAAUGUGCUAUUGCUAUAUAGAAAGCCAUUGUUAUGCCUCUUUUAUGAGGGCAAUGCAAGAUACUGGAUUGAUGUUAGAUUUGAGAUCUCAGAAGUGUAUGCUGCAGUUUAAUAAAUGUCUCACAGAGGUCAAUUUUUAGUAUUGAUUAGUUGAAUAACAUUAAUUGCUCCACCCUCCCUCUCCUUUCCUAUGGGAAAGCAAGCAUUGGAUUGGCUGAGAUCAUCAAUUCUGAUAAUCUCAGUCAAGGAGGUGGAUUGGGGGCAGAGCCAACUGGAACAAAAAUUUUGUUUUAUACUUGUUUAAGGGGGAGCCUGGGGACCCAAUAUGGUUUGUUAAGACUAUACACAUUUGUUCUCCUGAUCCUUUAGUGUUCCUUUAAUGUUGAUAAAUUACAGCAGUUUAUCUCAAAAUCCCCUUGAUGUGGUUAAGUGGUUUUUAAACAACUUCACAUACCAGAUUUUUUUUUGUCAACACCAAAGAUAAAGAGUAGUAUCAGGACUUAGAGAAACUAUUAGAAAGUUGUCUUCUCCCUAGUCUUACAUUUUGUGUACAUAAAAAUACCAAUAGUUAGGGUUACCAGAUAAACCAAGUUUUCAGUGACACAUAUCAUAGAUACAGUUUGAUGGGUAGCACAUGAAAAGGGUUGCCCUGUAGUAUGUAGUUUUCAGAAGAAGGUGUAUCAGAUUAAGUAAUUAGACAAUGACGAAUCUUGCACAAUAUGCAUUAUACACACUGCAGGGCAACCCUUUUCAUGCAUUUUCAUAAAUAUGACAAAGUUAAAUAAAUCACAGCUUGGUGCAAUAUGCCAUGUAUUGUUCAUCCAAGGUUGUAUUUACCUAAUAGUAAGGCCUGCUAAGGAGCAGAUGAUAGCUAUUAUGCCCUGGUAUGUAAAACCAUAGAAUUCAGAGGGUGUACUUUCUUUUUCCCAUGUCUGUAUAUGUAUCCCUGGACACAUGGUAGAUCGGGUAACCCUACCAAUACGAGCUGAUGGAAAACAGUGUUAUUCACCAAAAUAGGAAUUAAUAAUUAAUGGCUAUUUUUCAAGCCCAUUGAUUUUGGCAAAUUAUUUAUAAUACCCUUGUCAGUUCUUGAAAGUUUCAGCUUAAUGAAUCACAUCAUGUUAUGUUAUAUAUAUAAAGUAUUGCUUAGGGUUCUGAUGUAACUAAACUGGAAUUUAUGGAGAAUUAACAAGUUUUUGGUCAAAAUAAUCAAAAAUGUAUAAACAGUCGAAUUAGAGAAUUUUUACAAUUUGAUUAUUUUGGCCAUAAACAAAAGCAUUUGUCAUUAAUCCAUAAUUGGCAUUUUAUUGAUUUGACCUCAUGUACACAUUUAAAUUAUUCAAAAAUAAUGAACUGUGGAGAAAUAAAUUCUCUGAAAAAGCAGUGUUUACAGUGCUAAGGCUGCAGGGACAGGCUAUAGAUACGAAAAACCAUUAUGUUAAGCUGUAGUGGUUCUGGUAACUAUAGCGUCCCUUUAAUUAUAUUGCUGCCUGUUGCUUUAACCCUGUGUAUAUAGAAAAUAACCCAAGAUAAAACAAGCCAUAAAUGGCGUUAAAUAGGUUAAUUUUGCAACCUUCCAGAAAAAAUUAUGUUAGCAGCAGCUUACUAGUGAAUUAGUCACACAACACCUAUUCAGCAAAAAAAAACUAAUAUAAAGGUUUUUUUAAAAAUAUAAAUAUAUAAAUAUAUUUUUUUAAUUUGACCAAUUUUACUAUCAGUUUAAAAAUAUAUAAAUAUUUUUUUUUUAAAUAAAUGAAAUAAAGUGCUUUAUUUUUUAAAAUUUUUAUUUGCAGGGGUUGAUUGCAAUACACAAAAAGUUUUUUGUGAGCCCAAUCUUAAAUGCACAGCGCACUUUAUAUUAGUUUUUUUUAACCCUGUGUACACUUUGUGCUGAAAGCUAAUAGUAAGUCAUGAGUAUCUGCAAUGGUUGGAGUCUAUCAGUAUCUUAAUGCUUUAACCUUGUUCACACUGUGUGCUGGUUGCUAAUAGAGUAGCUGACAUGUUUCAUAACAGAAGCAAUAUUUAAUAGAAAUCUAAUGUUAUCAUAGCAGGAGCACUACUGAAGAUGGGAUCACGAAAGGGUGAGCUAAGAGAGUGCUUGGAAGAUAGACAGAGAGAGCUGGAGCAUUAUACAGAGACAUGUACUGUGUGCCCCUGUCAAUUAAAUAAGGCUUCAUUGGAACACUCUAGAGAGAAGCAAUAUAGAUCAGACACAGAACACAGCCGUACUGGGUUGCAAGGUGCAUGUUUAAUAACGCCUUUCGAUGUCUCUCUCCUGUAGCUACGCAUUGCGUCUGGAAGCGCUGAUUUUCAAGAAGGAUUUUCACGCAAUUGUACUCUCUCUGCUAUCUACAGCCCGAGAACUAAAGGGAGCUGCGGAAGGUGAGGGUUUCGCUUACUUACGAGUCUGUCUGUGUAUAGCAAUGUCACAAUGUUUGCUAAACAUUCCACUGUCGUAGAAUGAUUGCAGUAUAAGGUGUUUCUGGCAAUUUAUAUAAACCAUUUGGGCAUCCCUACGUUUUUCUCUGUAGGGCAACACACGGUAUAUAUGUAUGGAUAGAUAGAUAGAUAGAUUGAGCCUGGUUUUAACGAAUUGGAAAGCUAAACCUAUUUAAUACAACUAUUCGCACUAUUCUCCAGAUGUCUCUGUUAUGAGAUGGUAAGUAAGCAGCGUGGAGGAAGAGAUUGUCCUCUACCCCCCCGUCCCUCCAAGACAGUGUUUUACAUAGCAAGCAUAGAUUAUGGUAUAGAGUAAACCUGCCGCGCUUAGUAUAAACAGACAUGUCUCGUUAUGGUCUGCUUCAAAAUAAUCAUAAAUCAUUCCUAUGGUUAGCUUCACUUUAAAGGUAACUUGUUAGGCAGGGAUACAUUGCUAGGCUGGCUGGUAUUAAGAGGAUUAAAGACGAUAAAUGGUAACUGCUAGAACGAGUCUUUAAAUAAUAUGCUGAGUUGUGUCAUGCUGCUUUGGGUUAUGAGAAAUCCAUACCUCCCAAGUGUCCCGUUUUAGGAGGGGUAGUCACUAUUUUGAGCGGAAUCACUAUGUCCGUCUUUUCUAUCCUUAUAUCCCUUUUUCUGCCAGAUUUUUUUUUUUUUUGUUUGUUUGAAAGACACACGACAAUUUAACUAAUUUGUCAAUUAAUUUGGAAUUAGGAAGCGACCAGCACCCAAGGUAAGUUUCCAUUAGCAAAUAGUUUGACUAUAUACACUGGGGCGGUGCUGGGGCACUUUUGGCCAGACACUGUAGUAGUUAUGGUGCUUGGACUGCUCAUUUAACAAAAUUGUUGGUUGUUUUUUUCACUAUAAUGGCCCUGUUUCUGUCACUCUCCUUUUUUUCUGUUGUGAUUGUACGUGAGCCUGUGUACAUACCUUAGACAUAGAAACUUUUAUUUUAUGGGUAAUGCUUAAGAAUGUGGCUAGAGGGUGUGGUAUUACUGGAGAAUUCUAGGUGUCUUCAAGACAGAUAUAUGUGUAAGUUAGUAAGUCAUUUACAGUGAGCAUAAAAUAUUUUACUUAGAAAACCAGGUCUAUAAACACAUGCGUUGCAGUAUAAACAUUGGUCGUGUGAAGCUCAGUGAUUCACAGACUCGUUUACACUGCACUUAUUUGAGGUUUGUUCAUUCAACUCCAAUUACUUAGCCUUUUAAUUAAGUUUGUUUAAAAAAAAUCUGCCAUUUUAGGCUAGUUCAAGUUGGCUGUUUGAGGCCUGAUUCAGCUGCUGUAAUGGUGAUCUUAAUUUAAAUUUAAUGUUGAGUAAAGCUUGUUGACAAUCAACACCAACGAUGCUGCAAAGUGAAUAGGGGCCCUCAAGGCCAGGAUGAGAGAAGUGAAGGAGUUUGUGCAUGCAUGUGUAAUAGAAUUUGCAAACACCUCAAAAAGUUUUCCUCCUGGAUUCAUAUGUGGUAUGUAGAAAACCAUAUGUUUGUUUUUUGGGUUCAGAACAGAUGCUUUUAGUGGUCACAGAUGCCCUAAUUUAGCCCCUUGUGGUGGAAUGGUCUGUUGGCCACCUCCCCUAGAAUUGUACAUCUUUUUAUGUUCUACUCCACCACUUGUGUUUCUCUUUGCACCCCAUUACCCCUUGUUUGUACCUGCUGACACCCCUCACCUUAUACUGUUUCUCAAAACCCCCUUACUUCUCUGUCAUAACCUUUACUCCCUUGUGUGUCUUUCCUAAUCCCCUUGUGUGUUUCUCAAAACCUCCACUUACCUUCAUGAGUGUCUCUCCAGGUCCACCAUAUUGUAACGAGGCCAAGUUAGACUGACAGGAGUCUGUCAGGAGUUCUGACCGAGCAGAGUGACUGGCUAACGAGGCAGGAUAUGACGUUCAAUCUCCACUCACUCUGUAGACCGCAAAGUAGAAUGUUCAGAUCCCAUGUUGUACCCCAGCUCGGCCAUGCUACAAUCAGUGGAGGGGUUCUGUGAGCGUGCCUCACAUGGAUACCACAUAAAGCGGCCUGCGCUGCACCCCCCAGUAUGUUAUUCAAGGUGGUCAAUAUGGAUAGCAGCAACCAGUACAUGUUGUGUAAUAGACAUACUGGGUUGAUCACUAUUGACAGGUAAAUUACAUAUUUUAAACCAAAAUGCCUGAUAUAGAAAAAUAGCCAUGUUGGAUAGUUUUUCUAAUUCUACUAUUUGACAUAAAAUCUUUAAUUCCCUGAUAAUUCUUCAUAAUCUCCAGUUAAGUGAAUAUCCUUUGACAAGCUGAUGCCGCGAUUACAAAGAAUAUCCUUUGACAAGUCCAUUACUGUGUAAUGGCUAAAAUCUCAAUAUUUUAAUAACACAGAAUAAAGGGACACUCCAAGUACCAUAACCACUGCAGUGCAGUUAGGAGCUUCCUGCUUAGGAGCUUCUGUUAUCUCUUCUGAGCUGAGCCCUGCAGCGGCAUCAGCUGAUCGCUCUCAGCCAAUGACCUAAGCCAUGCACUGCCAGGCUUAGCUCAGACAGAGACCUUCCAGCUUUCUGAGAGUUACAAGGGGGGAGGGCAUCCGUCAUACACCAGGUAUGAAGUCAACCCGUUAUAUAACAGUUUGACUGCUUACACUGGGUGGGCGCACGUUGCAGUGGUUAUGGUGCUUGGCGUGUUCCUUCAAGACAGAAAGAUGGCUUACAUAGAUGUUGAAUUAAACAGAGCCUAAUCGUUAUUUGUAUAAUGCACAGGUUAUUUGUUGAUUUGCUGAUAUACAAAGAGUCUCUAUGCUCACAGUUUACUCAGACAAGUAAAACAAUGUAAUGAUUAUCUUGGGUUUCAUGCGCAUCCUUAGGGUAUCUGUCUGCACGCACUGCCUAUCUGCCUGUGCUGUCUUGUGUCAUUGGCUCCGUUUGUGCUUACGUUUGGCAUCUAAUUUGCUGCUUGAACCCGGUAAUUUGAUUUUGCUGUUUUCGUUGGACAAUUCAGAGUAGACACAAUGAGCGUUUAGAAGUCAAGAAACUUUUAGCCCACAAAUCCCGCAGCACAAUAGGAUUCAUCUUCAAAGGGCUUUAUACUCGGGCACUAUUUGUAUUGGAGGAUUUUAAUUCCUUAAUUUUUUAGCCAUAGUUUGAUAAAUAUCUCAUCCCUUUCUUUCGCUCAGUAUAAUAAAAUGUAAUGGAGAAAUUAAAUAUUGUAUCUAUUCCUCCUCUUUAUUAGCCUUGGCCUUGCCUUGUCUGGAAUGGACUGUGAAGUCAUUUGCUACGUGCUUCAAUUACAUUUAAAAGAAAACGCAGCACAAAUGUUAACGCGAGUUAUAGAUCAUUUACAAAGUUAUAUUCCAUGGUGUAAGUUCCAGGAAGUGGCAGUUCUCUAUCAAGGAAUCAUGUGUUUGUAACUAGUCUUCUUAUGAUCACCGAAUACUUUGGCUAAUAGCUAUGAUUCACUGUGGCAUGAAAGGUGCCCAAAUCACAAUUCGUGGCGGCACUGCCAGUCCCACUGCUAAAGUAGUUUGAUAAGAUUAGAGAUCUAUUAAAUAUAAAUAUAUGCAGUGAUGACAUUUCGUGAAUAAAUUAAAAGACCAAAAUGUGCCGAACAUUGAGAGCCUUCCUGGGUAAUCUAUUUUGGAUUAACUUCUAGUAUCACACCAGAAAGUAAACAGUUUAUAUUUAAUACCCCAGUACUCUGUAUUGUGUCAUAACUAGACACAUUUAAAUACUGAUUGUUAGAAAGCUAAAAUAAAAUGAUUACAUUACGUUAUGGGCUCCUGAUUUCCCGUAUGUCUUGGGACCUCUCAACAGACUCCCAACUCUUAAACUAACCCUGGUGCCAGUUCUUUAUCUCUCGGACACUUCGCAAAGGGAGGGAUGGAUAGGGGAGACUUGCCCCACAGCCUUUAGGGUGCAGCCUCACACCAUCAUUCAUUUACCAAUUACAUGCAGGGGUAAAUAGGCUGAGCAGUCUAUUGGCCUAGUGGAAUAAUGCAGGAGAGAGGAAGCAAGCAAGUUUGUACAGAACUUGAACUUCCUAUUUAGGUCAAAGAAAAUGCAAAUUCCAGUAUGGGCUCACGCCCAUUCUUUGCUGCUGCAAACACCUUGGAACAUAGAAUGUGACGGCAGAUAAGAACCAUUCGGCCCAUCUAGUCUGCCUAAUUUUCUAAAUAAUUUCAUUAGUCCCUAGUCUUAUCUUAUAGUUAGGAUAGCCUUAGGCCUAUCCCAUGCAUGGUUAAACUCCCUCACUGUGUUACCUUCUACCAGUUCAGCUGGAAGGCGAUUCCAUGCAUCCACUACUCUCUCUGUAAAGUAAUAUUUCCUGAAAUUAUUUUUAAACCUUUGCCCCUCUAAUUUAAGACUAUGUCCUCUUGCUGUGGUAGUUUGUCUUCUUUUAAAUAUAGUCUCCUUCUUUACUGUGUUGAUUCCCUUUAUGUAUUUAAAUGUUUCUAUCAUAUCCCCCCUGUCUCGUCUUUCCUCCAAGCUAUACAUGUUAAGAUCCUUUAACCUUUCCUGGUAAGUUUUAUCCUUUAUCCUUUAACCAGUUUAGUAGCCCUUUUCUGAAACAACUGGAUUUAAGGCCUCAGACAUUUUCGAAUUGCACGCUAAUUUGAAUUAUUAUAUAAAAAUAUAAAAACUUUUUUUUUAAAUUAGAUUUUUAAUAUAAUAAUAUUUUAAUAUUUGGGUGGCUAUUAAUUCAGAUAUCAUAAAGUUCUAGCUAUCACUUGUGUGACAAAUUGUUGGGUGGUUUAACUGUCUAUUCAAGGAAUCCAUUGAAGUGGACGCUAAAAACAAUAUGUCCAGCUGAUUAAUUAGGGGACAUGAUUUUUUUCAUUUGAAAUCAACAUUUUUUUUUUGUUAAAGUGAUGGUUUUGUACUACAAAACAUAAAAGAAUAACCUGUUUGAUGUAAGCGUUGUUUAGCGCACAUAGGAUCACAUUCUGGAUUAAGAACGGUAGAAGGACUAAAUAAACUGGAAGAUGUGAAUACAAUAUGCCAAUCGCAGCAAGUAAAGCAUAAACAUAGUUUGAAGAAUACCUAAAAUCAUAGAGUUGCUGCUUUAAUUUUUUAGGCUUUACGUAAUAUAAGAUUUAUAAUGUGGAAAAGUAUCGGUCAGCAAAACAGAGCGUUUAGAAAGUGGUUACAGACUGGUUAGAAUCUUCAGAAUGCGGUGUGGAAUUAACAAAAUGGAAAGUUUAAUUAGAAAAUGCACAGUAUGGAAAUAUUUAGUCAGAGGACGCAGAAAAAGUUGAUAUUUUCUCUAAAAUGAGCACUGCUACUUUACAAUGUAUACGACAGGGAUUAUCAAAGGUAAAUCUCCAAAUAUAAUAUAACUACAUUUCCCAUGAUGCUUUGCCUGACCUGUUUGGGUCUAAGUCUUGUAUUGCAUUUAUAUCUGUUUAUAUAUGACCUAAUCAAAACACAUUUUCAGUUUUAAUCCUUCCGUCUUAAACUUUUAAAAUCUAAUGGUGUAAUGUAUGUUGUUUUUUUUGUGUCAAAUUCUUACAUUAAAGUGCUACUCCAACCACCAUGAUCAUUUCAGUGAUUUAAAGUGGUAAUGGUGGUAGGAGUCUGUAUGUGCAGUGUUUCUGUUUGAAACAUGCAUGCUCUCUGAGCCAGCAAUUGGUCCAAUCACAGACAUCUCUAUAAGAAGCGUCCAAUUUGAUCGCGUUGCGGCCCCCGUGACAUGAGGACGGGUGUAUAAGGCAGCACAGGUAAGUAAGAAAACUUUUUGUCCGUUUUUAUUUUAAUUGGAGCAGGAGGACCUCCUCAAUAAUGCCCAGAAUGGCAUUUUACACCGGUAAGGACUCCCCUCUCAUGAGGCUGUCUGCUCAAUGAGUGUUAACAUAUUGGGACUGGAGAAAGCAUAUCUCAUGUGCUCUCCAGAUCAAGAUAAGGUACACCCAGUAGUGUGUGUUGUUAGCGCUGCUUAAUAACCAACAUUUUAUAUUAUUUUUCUGUUUUUUGUCCAGAGCUGCUGCAAUGUACAGAACUGCACUACAUCCUCCGGCUCAUACUAAAAGCAGGAAACUUUAUGAAUGCGGUGAGUGACUUACACGCCUUCUGCAUACUUAGACUCAUACUGGUCUCUGGAUCCCAGCUUUUAACACCCAGUGGCCAAUAAUUGGCGGCAACAAUUGUGUGUGUCUUACCUGCAAAUGAGCCACUCUUAUAAUUUCCGUAGUUUUUCUGGCAUGAUCUUUCGGUGACGUGGGUGUAGAAUAGUUAAAGGGACACUGUAGGUCCUUUAACCAUUUUAUUUAAUCGAGUUGGUUAUAGUGCCAGCAGCCCCCUUGCGCUGUCCUUUAAGUAAAUCUUAAACCAUUUUCAAGUCAUUUAACAUCAAAUAAGCGUCUCUGGCCUCCCAUUGCCUGGCCCCUACUGGAGGUGCGGCUAAUGUAGCAAUUACACACUUCCUUCUUGUUGUACCAGUUUCUACCAGCAAUAGAUGGUUGUGAUAGGCUGAAACUAAUACUCUUCCCUCGUUUUUUCUUCUACCUCCCUUAUAGUCUUACCUUCCCUCCUCACCUUAUGGAUGCUUUUUAGCACAGGUUCAAUGAUGCAGUGGUUUUAUGUUACAGCUGAUAGUUGUAAAUGGUUUACAGCUACUUUGUAACUAUAUUAUUCACAAAUGUAUGACCCAUAUCUGCAAUUUGAUGUUUGUUACAUUCUCAAUUAAUGUUUUUCAAAUUGCAUUGCUUGACGUCUACCCUUGUGUAGUAGUGAGCAUACGCCAUGUAACUGCUCUUCCGAUCGCGCAUUAUUUUCUCAUUAUGUAUGCUUGUUUUAUACUUUUUUUAAUGAAAUGGUUUCGUCUCCUACAGAUACCUAUCGAUAAACUCUAUCUACAGGUUUAGUCCCCUGCAUACUCCUACCCAGAAUCCAUAGCUGUAGAUUUAGUCGCCCCCCCCUACAUAUAUAUACCCAUAAUCCUUAGCUGCAGGUUGAAAAACAGGUCUGGCGUUUUGUCUGGAAUGUACCUGUGUGAAAACGUAAAAUACCAAUUCUAUAAGUACUUCAAAAUACUGACUGCACCCCAGGAACAAAGCAAAAAAUAGCAAACUUUGCUAGUGCGAAUAUUUCUUUAUCAGUCUAGAAAUAUUUCCACCUGAUACAUUCUACUGCUGUUAACCCCAAACCCUCAAAUCACAUUCCAGUUCCCAUUUGUGCGUUGCACCUUGCUGCCAUUUUGUCUUUUAUUUUACGGCUAUCGCUUGUGUAAAUUAAACAUGACUUCUUGCAGGGUGGAUAUGCUGGUAAUGCAGCCGGCUUUCGAGUUUCAUCCCUUCUCAAACUCGCUGACACAAAGGCAAACAAACCUGGAAUGAAUUUACUGCACUUCGUUGUGAUGGUAGGCUUGUGGGAGAAGUGAGAUCAGAGUGGGAGGGUUGGUGGCAAUGUGCUUAUUUGAGCAUAAACGCAGUAAUAAUAACCAUCUAUAUAGUAUUGUGUUACUUAGAUGUACUCUAAAUUCCUUCUUCUCGUCACUUAUCACACUGUGUGUGUUGUUAAUUGAACCUUUUUAACACUCUGGGGUUAGUUAAUGAACUGUGGAAAACUGACAAAUAAAUUGCAAAUUAUAGCCCGAAAUAGCCAAAACCACAUUAAUGCAUACUCUGAUUUUUUUAGUUUUUGGCUGUUUUGUGCUUACAUGUGCAAUUCUCAAUUCUCCAGAAUUCCUAUUGUAACAGAACACUCCAAGCACCAUAACCACUACAGUGUGCUGCAGUGGUUAUGAUACCAGUAGUGCCCUGACCCCCUUUUGACACCCCCACAUUGUAAGAAGUCAAAUGUUUUAGAAUAGUUUGACUUCUUAAUUAGAGUCCACUGGGCACCACUCCCCACUCCAAUACAGUUCAGCGAGAGCCGGAAGCUCUCUUUACUAAACUAAACCUAACAGUGGAGGGCUUUGUUUAUUGGCUGAGAAUGAUCAGCUUAAACACUCCGCCAAUGAGCUUUGCCCUGCACUCCACAGCUUAGCUCAGUAGAGCCAAGGAUAACUAUUGAGCAGGAUGAAGGCUAGGAGCUCAAUGAGCUUUUGUAGAGGCAGGGAGCAAUGCCAUUCUAAAAUGGUUUGACUGAUUCCAAUGGGGACACCAGGGCCCUCCUGACACCAUAACCACUACACCAAGCUGUGUGCUCUUUUAAUGAAUAAACCCUUCUGUUUUGGAGAGCAUUGAGGAAGAUGUGAUUGGGAGUUUACACCAUCAAGAGCCCUUUUUGUUUUGUUUUAUUUUUAAUUUUUUUUGCAGUGGUAUAAGCUAAGAUUAUCUGUGCUCUGUAUGUUUUGUACCUGUGAAAUGUGUGUUUUGUAAACUAAUAAAUUGUAAUGUCAUUGCGUGUGUUUGUUUCAGUUUAGUAUUUGCCAGUGGUGUGCGUGUGGUCAGUUCAAUGCUUUUUCUAGAGCCUAUACCGUAUGUAGGGACAUUAUUGUGGUUUUAAUAUGUAGCAAAAAUAAAUGUGAUGCAUGUUUGGUUUUGUAGAUUCCACCACAAUGAUUGCAGGGCAUAGCAUGCUGCGUGGGGAGGUCUGGGUGUGAAUUUGUAUGUAUUGCACUGAGCAGUUACUGUUUUAAUGUUGUACAGGAAGUCCAGAAGAAAGAUGCAGGAUAUCUCUCCUUCGCAGACCGACUGAAACAUGUCAGCAUCUCAAGCAGGUAAAGGACAUACCUCUGUUUAGCAAUGCUUAUGCCUUCAAUGUAUAGGUAAGAAAUGAGUGUUUUGUGUGUAUGACCUCUGUUUGUGUGUGUACCUGUAUGUCUUUUACGUCAUAAUGUUGUAGAACAUCUUAAAAUAUUUAAAAAGCAGAGUUUAGGUGGAAAUAAAUUAGAUGAACACUCCACAUACCAUAACCACUACAUAAUAGUGUCAGUGGUUAUAGUGGCCGUUCCCCACCACCACAGCCAACAGAGAGCCUGCUUAGAUCUUCUAUUAGCUCUCUUGAGCUAGAGGCCCUGCAGUGGAUGGCUAUCUCAUUGGCUGAGAACGUCAGAUGAUCACUCUUAGCCAGCAAUCUAAGCCCUGCACCACCCAGUCUUAGCUCUUAUGACUCUCUGUUGGAUGUGGUGGAGAGAGGCAGCAGUGCCUAACGGAUCCCCGUUAAGAAUUUAAACCAUUCUAAACUUUUGCAGCUCACUGCAGUGGUUGUGGUGCUCGGCUGUGGCACUUUUUGAUGACAUCACAUGUUCAUUGUUUUUAUGCAUCCUGACACCUUCAGAUUAUCAGAAGACGGUCUGCUGGAGGAGUUUUGCAAGCUGCAGUCCCGAGUCACUUCUAUGCGCCAGAUUCUGAGAGAUCCAGAGCAGAAAGACGUUAGACAGCAGAUGGAUGAGUUUCUAGAGGUAAACUGAGCAGGUCAGGAAUGAGUACUUGGAAAAUAUAGAGCAGCCAUAAUUAAACCCUGCCAUUCUAGAUGCUGUUCAUAACUUUUAGGAGGGACAACCCACUUUUGGACCUAAAUCCUUGUUUUCUCAUCUCUAGUGUCCCUCUUUUAUACAAGCUCAUAAUUUUUUUUUGUUUAUAUAUUUAUUUAUUUAUUUAUUUUGCAGCAUGGAAGCACGUCGUAAUUAUUUUUCAACUUUAAUAAAGGGUUUUCUUAGUUAUUUUUUUUAUCUGUAAAUCCAUUCGGCAUCAUCUAAUAUACAUUUUUAGUCAUUUUAUUAGCUUUAAAUAGAUAAUUACUGUAAGUAAUCUAUAAUAUUCUGAAUAGUACUAAUUGUGGGCACUCUUCCAGUGACUUCUCUCAAAACAAACAUGUCCCUUUCUGACCAUUUGGAAUAUCGGAAGGUAGACUGUGACCGAAGACAAAUUUCAAAUUUCUAAUUUUACACUAAAGUAAAGUCGAAUUGGACAAAAUCUUGUAGUCACAUGUUUUCAAUUUUCAUUAUGUGAAAAAUGCUUUAAAUCCUUGACAAUUCAUACUGUACUAUACAAUCCUGACGGACUCUAGAUUAAAAAUGGAUUAUAUAUAAUGAUGCCAGAUUUACAGUGGUUAUAUAUAUAAUGCACUACUCCCCGCUCUCAUAUGUAGCAUUCAUAUAUUGCUGGAAGGAGACCAAAACAACUUUAACUCAAUUAAGCAGUUUUGGUGUAUAGAUCAUGCCCCUGCGGGUCUAAUGCUCAAAAUUUCUGCCAUGUACGGGUUCAAUUAUUUUUGUUUCUGUUUUUAAAGCGCUGGCCAUCACCUCCCCUGGCUGUGACUCACAUAGCCUGCAUGAAAAAAUUGUUUCAUUUUCAAUCAGAUGCAACAGCAUGUUUACUUAAGAAGUUUUUAUCUUCUUCUCUGUUGAUUCAAUUUUGACCACACGCAGGAGGCUCCUUUAGGGUCCUGCAAGCUUCUAGCAGAGUAUAGGAUAGGAAAUUCUGAAUGAAACAGAAUGUGCAAUAAAGAACAUUUAAACAUUAGCUCUCUCUUUACAGGAAAUGUGUAGGGAGACUGUGUAGGUCACAUGCAGAGAGGUGUGACUAGGGCUGUAUAAACAAAGUGAUUUGACUCGUAAAUGGCAGAGAAUUGAGCAGUUAGACUGCAGGGACCUGAUCUAUACACCAAAACUGCUUCAUUAAGUUAAAGUUGAUUGGUGCUUAUAGUGUCUCUCUAAUUAAUUAAGAAAAAGGUCUCAAAUGAUUUCCUUUGAUUAGAUAAAAUAUUUAUCUCUUGUAGAAUAUCACUGUUAUGUUCUGCGGGACAGCACUUUUCAAUGGUAAUCUGUAGUAAAGUUCCUAUGAAUAUGUAAAAAUGUUGGGGGUUUUUUCAGUACGCCGAAGAUAAACUACGAGAGGUUCAAAAGGAAAUUGAAGUGUUGCAAAACUCUAAGCAUCUACUGAUAGAAUUUCUCUGUGAAGAUGAAGAAACCUUUCACUUGGAAGAAUGCUGCAAGAUAUUUAGCUGUUUCUGCCAAAGAUUUCAGCUAGCCAUUAAAGUAAGUAAAAGUGGAUUGCUCUAAAAUAAAAAUUCUAUUAACCUUAAACAAUGUUUAACAAACUUGAUUUUAAGUUGGGAGAUACUGAGGGCAAGGCUGUCCAAAGAUUGCAUUGCUUAGGUCCCAGAACAACAUGGUACCCACUGCCUUCCUUCCAAAGCCCCACCUCUUAAUAUUAAAGGCACAUAAUACACUCUGACACCCAUUGAAUUACAAAGACAGAGAAUUAAAUUCUCCUUUUGCCCCGUUCAUAUUUCACUUCCUGUGCUUUCUCAGCAGUUGUUCCCCAUUUACUGUACUCUCAGUCCAUUCUUGACUCUUUGUGCAUUCUGAUAUCCCCUCUGUAGCCCAGUUGAUAUAACCCCUACAGCUACCCCAAAUUUGAUAAUAUAGUUUCUGCCAAUCCCCUUACAGUUUUCCAAUUCAUCCCCUAUUGAAAUAUUCCCCCAAUGCAUUCUCUCAAUUGUAAUUUUCAUCUCGUGCCCCAGUACCAAUUCCCAAAUUAAAUGUCCCCAUGUCAUACACCAUGCUUUCUCCCCUUUAUUCACGUACUUCCUAUCUGUAUGCUCGCCUUCUACUUUUCCACUUUUUUUCUCCUUCAUUGUCCAACCAUCUUCUACUAUUUCCUCUCCAUUGUAUUGUCGUCCACUGCAAUCAUUUCACUAUCCUCAAUGUACUUACUUUCUAUGCUUCAUUACUUUACUUACAAUUGCCACCACCACCACCCCCCCUUUUUUAUCCACCUUCAACUCAUUUCUUUCUUUAGCCACACAUUACCACAUUUCCCUCCUUAAUCACCAGUUACUGCUCCAAUUUUCACACAAAAAUGACUUCUACUCAAGUCACUGCCUCACUUCUUCUUUGGGGUCACCUCCCAGUACUUCACUACCCACUGCUCACUGCUUCUUCAUUCCUUCACCUACCUAUAUUGCCUGCAUUACCUUUAAAAUAUGUUUUUGGGGUUAGCUCACAGCAUAAGUAUUAUAUUCUGUAACCAUAAUGGUGAUUUAUUUGUAAACUGCUGUUUUACAUAAAUAAGCAAUAACUGUCCAAUAUACAUGUAAAAUACUUAUGAUUGGAGGGUGAGUAAUGUACACAGAUUAUUCUACAAAGACCUCUCCUGCACUUAGAAUUAAGGUUCAUUGAGUAACUGGAGUUUUUUUUAAUUUUCACACCUUAGUAGACAAAACCAUUAACUGAUGUUUUAAAAACGCGCCAUUAAAUCGCUGAACACCGAACUCCAACCAGAACAUACACUGAUAUGUCCCUGUUCAGGUCCGGGGUCCAAAAAAAACGUAAUGUUCGGUACGAACCCGAACUUUACAGUCCGGGUUCGCUCAACUCUAAUCAUGAUGAUUGUUUGAGAGAUUAGUCUUAUCCAAUUAUUUGGAAUGGGAUAUAGACCUAACUUGUAAACAUUGUUCUUACAGGAAAAUAAGAUCCGUGAGCUAGAAGAACAACGACAGCAACAAUGGGAGAAGAAACGUUUAGAGAAGAGGCAUUCCAUGGCUUCCUGCAGUUCUCUGGAGCUUUUGCGUGAAGAAGAUGAGUUAGAACUCACCUUGGAGAGGAACCUACGAAAUUCACGUAAAACUGGCAGUUUCCGUCUGUGCAGAAUGCGCUCCUUGGGAUCGAGCUAUAUCUCCGCUCAGAUGUCUCGCAAAAGUCAGAGUGAAAGAAUCCAGUAUUAUUGCGACCAGCAAAAUGCUGUCCAGAUGCGUGAGGUCUCUGAACGAGUGUUGAGGCAGCAGAUGGGAUAUACAGCUUACAAGGAUUUCUCCAAGUCAAAUGCUGUCAAUGUUUGUAAUGUACAUUCCAUUGAUACAAGGAAUUCUGUUACAACAAGGCAGUCUCCAACCCAAACAGAUCUUCAAAUUCUCAAUCAAUCACCAGACCAAACUAAAUUGAGGAUUUCAAGACAAUUACUUGUGCUCAAGGUGGCGGAUACCACCAGUCCAUUAUUAAGCCACUCUUGUCCUGAUUCUCUUGGAUAUCUACAAAAUCAGUCUCAAUCUGGAACAUCAAAACAUUCUCUGUUGCAAUCUGAAACUGAAGCUUUUAGGCAGUCAAAUGCCCACUCUGAACUUAAGUCUUCUCAAUAUUCCCUUGCCACGUCUGAGGGAACUUCAGGUAGUACAUUGCUAAAGCAAGAUGCACCUCUGGUCCUCAACCAAACAGUAGACAAUUCAAAACUUGAAAUAACAGAACCAUUACCAGUGAAGGCUGAGCUGGGUCUCCCCCAUGACUUAAUUGACCACACUGGAAUAGAUUUUUAUAACAAAGCACUAACUCAGCCUACAGAACACAACUGUCAACUAUUAACAUCACAGUCGGCAUCAAUUAACCCCCAAGAGAUAGCAUGCCAGUCUGCAUCUGAUAACCCCCAACAGAUAGUAUGCCAGUCUGGAAAUGAUAACCCAAAACAAAUCGUAAAUCCCUCUGCAUCGGUUAUUCCGAAACAUGAAUUAUGCCACGGCCAGUCUGCAACAAAUAACCCACAACAGAUAGUAUGCCAAUCUGUGUCUAGUAACUCUCAGCAGAUAAUGUGCCAGUCAAAGACAGUAUAUCAGUCUGCGAUUGAUCAUCCGAAACAGUUAGAAGCACAGAUUGAAAUCGAUAAUCAAAAACUAUUAGUAGUCCAAUUUGAAACUGAUAAUCCCAUACAGUUUGUAGAUCAGUCUGAAAUUGACAAUCAGAAACCGUUAGAAGCCCAGUUUGAAACUGAUAAUCUGAAAAUGUUAGCAGCCCAGUCUAAAACUGAUGAUCUCAAAACGUUAGUAGCCCAUUAUGACAUUGAUAAUUCCAAACAGUUAAUUGUCCAGUCUUCAGAUGAACCUCACAGAAAAUACAAAACCAAUCAUGCACCUGAUAUUGCAAGUCAUUUAUCUUCUCAGUCUGUAUCAAAAUUUCCCUUUCAAUCAAUAGAUUCAGUGAGCCAGAAAGAGACUAAACAUUUAUCACCUGAAACAGAGACUCAGAGACAUUCUGUCCAGGACAUACAGGAGUCACUCAGGCACACGCAACCUGAACCUCAAACUAAAAAAAUUAGCCGCCUGCAUUCCCAGUCUGUACUUGGUACCUCAAUAAAAUCUAAAGCACAAUCAGGACCUGAGACUCAAAAUGUUUUACUUCAGUCUCGACUAAAGAUUUAUAGACAUUCCCUGGCUAAGUCUGAAACUGACACUUCUGAUUCAUCGCUUGUUAAAUGCGAACAAGAUACACUUAACCAAUCACUAGGCCAGCCUGGUGAGGAGAUGUCCUGGACAAAAUUAGGAAAUUCUGGACCUGAGGCCACAUGUCAAUUGCAAAAUAAUUCUGGGCUUAGUUCAACCAGACGUAUAACAUCCCAUUCUUGGUCUAAGAUUCCGAAACAUGCUGGACAGUAUGAUGCCUCAAUACCAGAGCCUACAUAUAUGGCCACUAACCAAAUGUCUCAGAACCUCAAACCGAUAUUUUCCCAGCCUGAAACUGACACCACACAAUGUUUAGAUCAGUCUCAGUUUGACCGUUCAAUAUGCCAGGUGGCAAAUGAUGUAACCCCGCAGUCAUUAACCCAGGAUAUGCAAGGGUCUGACUCUGACAGACAGUCAACAGACCAGCUAGAACUUGGGAUAGCCACAGAUUCCUCAGCACAGUCUCGACCUGUGCCUUCCAUAUCCUCAAUGCCCCAAACACCAGACAAUGCUGCCUCUCAGUCAUUAAGCCAGGAUACACAAGAGACUCACAGACAAUCAUCAGAGCAAUUAAGACCAGAUACUAGCAAGAAAUCACUUGCCCAGUCUUUUCAGAAAACCUCCAAACAAUCACUAUACCAGUCUACAACCAAAAUUUCAAGGCAAUCUAUACCAAAACCUUCACCCAAGAAUCCCAGAAAAUUUAUAGAUCGGGUUGGCUCAGAGACCACCAUUCCGUCUACAUCGGACAUUCCCAAACAUACUCUAGCAAAACCCGGUAGUUUCAACAGUAGAAUAAAACUGACAGAGCCAGUGUCUGUCCGACACGAUAUUAAAGCAAAAGAAAUAAAUGUUCAGAUACCAACCACAGAAGACAAGUUGAGGGAAUCACAGAAUGGGACUGCACAAACAUCAAAGGUAGAGGAAGCUUUUGAAUGCAAGUCAUUAACAAAGGUUUUAAAAGAUGUAUGCUCAUCAGUACAUACGGAUAGUCCUGAACCAUGCUCCAAAUGGAAGAAAGAGUUACAAAAUACGUGUGAUAGAGACGAUGGUGUGAAACGAGAACUGAAAACAGAAAGAAAUAGUUCAAAAGCAGACUGGGAAGAUUUGGGACAAAGAAGUGGUAACAAUCCAAAGAACUCCUUACUAGGGAGAGCUGGAAGUAAUACUUGUAAAAAGUCAAAAACCAAUGAAUUUGGGUAUAGAGUAAGAAGAGUCCACUCAGACAAAGAGGUGCCUUCAGUCAGCAUACAAGGUGUGGGAAAUGACAACAAACAAAGGAUGCCCACUUUCAAACAGACACAAAAUGUGAGCCGAGACAGCAAGCUACCCCAGAAACUGUCUCAGCAUGGUGGUGGAACAUUGAAACCAUGCUCCGGAAAGACAAUGGCGAGUGCCAAGGUACAAAAAGAGAUUCCUCAUCUAAAUACUAACGAAUAUAGUAAAGUUUCCGAACCUAAAUGUAGUCCGUCGGUAACUGUCGGUAAAUCUGUAGAUGGUUCAUUGCAUAACGGUGAGCCCAGUAGGGAAUCCGAUUGGCCUAAAAAAACAAAUUCCACGGCUCGGGUGGCAAUUCGUGUUAUCAAAAAUUGUGAGUUAAGCUCCUCAUUUCCCCGUGGGUCAAGGAACUUGCAUGUAGACCCUCAGAAAAUCUGGAGGUGAGAUUGAGAACUUACAGUCACACCUUUCUAACUUGUGCAUGUCUUUAGAACCUCACCAUAUAUUGCCGUCUUCUGUACAAUCAGGCAGACAUGAUCUUAGUAUGGAUACAGUUGUCAAGCAACUCUGGACAAAACCUCAAAAAGAGAAGUGCCUUACUCUGAUACUUUUUUAUAAGCGCAGACAAGCUUGUGGGAUAGGUUCUCGAAACCUCAUUUAUUGGUUUGUUUCUGCCUGUCAACUGUGUUUUAUGCCCUUUUCUCUGAAUAUCUAGCCCUGCAGUUUGUUUUAGCACUAUUUAAAUAAAAGAUAAUUAAUGUAUCCUCUGUAUAAUGAAAUGUGACCAGCAACAAUCGCGACAACAAUCAUAAUUAGCUUGACAAGCGAUACAGUUUGGAUAUUAAUGGCAAAGAGGAACUGAUUGGUGUAAAGGGAAGCUUGCAUUGUGUUGAUUUUAAAACAGUCGUCUGUUCCUCUGGCUGUGACGCACAAACGGUUCUGGUUUUAAAUCUAACUCAAGGUACUUAAUGUUAUAACACUAUAUUUGUGUGUGUGUGUAUAUAUAUAUAUAUGUAUAUGUUAAUUUUUGUAUGUAUUUAAAAUCUAGCAAAUUAGCAAAAUAUAGAAUGUUAUUUAUUUAACUCAAGUUUCAAAUAUGCAGACGGAGCUACAAUUAUCCACUUUUUGGCACGUUAGUGUGUUACUGGGAUAUUUUAAGGAGCACGAACGUUAACCAGUAUUGUUGCAUUUUUAUAUUUUUGUAUGCAAAAUAAAUGGCCUUUUUUCCAUAGGAAUGCCAUAGUUUACACUAAUGGAGAGGAGGAAUCAUACUGGCUAAAAUUUUGUAAAGCAGGUUUUUUGUAUAAAGAUUCUGAGUAUUGUCACAGAGUUUAAUUGACCAGUUGCACUGCUUAACAUGGUAAAAAAAAAUAAUAAAUUUUAGAUAAGCACAACUUUCAUUAUUUAUUUAUUUUUUUAAGCUUAUUCCUAAUUGUAAAGCAAUUUGAUAUUUACGUGUCGUGGUGUUUUUUUGUUACAUUAACCAGAACAGUGAAUUGUGAUGAAUCGAUUAGGGAGUAGCAAACUUUA